AUGAUCCUGAAAAAGUUUUUUCUAAAAGAUGAGAAACAAAGUGAAAUUUCAUCUUCAAAUGUAAAUAUAGAAGAAAAAGAAGGAAAGAAGAACAAUUUUGUAAAUCCAUCCCACUUCUAUCCUGUGGGUCAUAAUGGACACCAUCGAGAAACCUUUAAUAAUAUGGUCAUGCAGGAUCUAGAACAAUUAAGUAUGAAACAAACUAAAAACAAAUUUAAUCUAAGUAAACAAGAGGCGGCGAGUAUCCAAAAAUUACAGAAAAUGGAUAACAUCGUCAUCAAAGAAGCGGACAAGGGGGGUAAUAGUCAUUAUGACCAAAGAUUAUUACCUAUAUGAAGCCAGAAGGAUCUUAGGAGAUAGGGAUAAAUAUUCUAUAUUAAACCAAGACCCCACAAUACAUUUUAAUCAAACUUUAAAGGAAAUAUUAAUUGUGGCACAACAAAAGGAUUUAAUUUCCAAACAGAAUGUGGACUAUCUUUAUAAUACACAUCCAGUUAUCCCAAUUUUUUACUUUCUCCUGAAACUACACAAACCCCCCCCCCAAAAAAAAACAGGAAGACCCAUAAUAAGUGGGAUAAACUCCAUAUCAUAAUUUAUAGAUGAUCAUCUUCAGAAAUAUGCACAGGAGGCUCCCUCUUAUUUGAAGGAUUCCUCUCAUAUUCUCAAAAUCAUUGAAAAUGUUAAAUGGGAAAGAGAUUACAUAUGGGUUACAAUAGAUGUAACCUUAUACACGGUCAUUAAGCACGAAAUGGGGGUAAAAGCAGUGGAAAAAAUAAUUAAAGAGGACACAAUGAUUUCUCAUGAUCUAAGACAUUUUCUAAUUGACAGCAUAAUUUUCAUUUUAAAUCACAAUUAUUUUGUAUUUGAUGGCACAUUUUAUUUACAACAAACAGGCACGGCCAUGGGGACCAGGUUUGCCCCCAGCUAUGCCAACAUAUAUAUGAGAAACUGGGAAGACAGCUCCAUGUGGAGGCAUAGCUGGGUAGCAGGUCCUGUGGAAACCUGGUUCUAUGGAAAUGUUUCAUAGACAAUAUCCUUUUAAUCUGGAAGGGAACAUCGAGUGAACUAAUUAAAUUCCUAGUUUAUUAACAUCAAUAAUUAUGGCCUUAAAUUCACACAUACUUUUCACACAGGGCAAAUACAUUUUUUAGUUAUCACGUUUUAUAUAGAUGGUCAAGAUAUUCAAUCCAAAUGUUUUUUUUACAUAGAAAAGUUGUCAUCACAAAAACUGGCUAAAAUCUAUACCUAAGAUCCAGUUGAUUUAUGUUCGAAGAAACUAUGGAAAAGACUCUGAUUAUCAACAAUAGGCCAAACAUUUAUGUGAUAAACUCAUAUAAAAAAAAUAUGGGAAAAAAAACACUUAAGAGAGAAGCCCAAAAAAUAAAAGAUGUAAAUAGAAGUAAUUUAAUAAGUAACAAUAAGAAGAAAGAAAAAGUAAAAAAUGACGAUUAUAAAUAUGCCUUUAUAACUCAAUACAAUGUACAACAUCAUAAAAUAAUAAUCAUUCUGAAUAAUCACUGGAAAAAUAUUACUAAGAGAUCCAAUGUUAGGUAAAGUUCUUCUGGGGAAGGCACCUGUCAUUUUCAGAAAAGCAAAACAUUUCAAAGGUAUCCUGGCACCAAGUAAGGCACUUAAACAUGCACAAAAAAGUACUUUGAAGAAGGAUAACAAGGGUUUCCAUUCUUGUAACAAAUGCAAAGCAUGUAGAAUGCAAAGAUUCCUAAAGGUGAAACAAUUUCAAAUUACAAUAACUGGGAAAGAGUUUUUUUUUUUUUUUAUAGAAUCCAAAAUUAAUUGUGAAACCAAAAAUGUAGUUUACCUACUCCACUGCCCAUGUGGAAAGCAAUAUGUAGACAGGACCUGUAGAAAAUUAAAAGAACGUAUUCUAGAACACCAAAACAACAUUAGAAAACAUUUUAAUAAGCAUAUAGUCCCCUUACACUGCAAUAUGUGUCCAAAAUUUUAUUGGAAAAAUUUUUACUUUAUUAGUUUGGAACAAGUGGAGAGUCAUUGGAGGGGAGGAAAUAUAAUUAAAAAAUUAACACAGCGAGAAACGUACUGGAUAAGUACCCUGAAAACUCUACAACCAGGGGGACUAAAUAUAGAUAUUGAUUUAUGGUGUUUUUUGGAUUAAAUGUAUGGAAAUGGUUAAAAUUUCAUAUGCUAAUUUUUAUACAUACAUAGUAUUUAUUUUUUACAUAAUACUUAACCAUAUCAAUUUUUUCUAUUUCCAACCACAUUUUUUCCAUUUCCUUACAAUUUUUUUUCCAUUUCCUUACAAUUUUCUCAUACAUGGUUUCACAUUUGGCAAUUACAAUUAGACAUAUGAGGCUAAGCAACAAACUCUCCGCUUUUCAUCUGGAUGUCCAUUAACCAAGAAAUAAGAAUUAAAUGUAUGCAUUAGUAGGAUUCUGGUGAUACACAGAAAACUAAGUUUAUGGUCUAUUAUUAAAUCAUAAGAAGUAGAAACUACAAUUUGGACAUUCCAGGUAAGAAGUGGAGAAAUGUAAAUAGGCUUUUCUAAUUCAUUUAUAAGUUUUUAAAAAUUAUGUUGCUCAUUUUUUGUUUUACUUUUUUAAUGAUAUGGAAUACAUUUGUUUUAAUUAUAUGGAAUCAGGUUGUUGUAAUAAUUUGACAUAUUCCCACACCCCUCCUUUAUCUUAUGAUAUAUAAUUCACUGAAUUCAUGGACAUUGAAUAUAUAUGGAGCUGAAAUAACUAGAGUUGAGCGGACACCUGGAUGUUCGGGUUCGGCCGAACUUUGAAAAAAAAGUCUGGGUUCGGGCUCGAACUUGACCCCGAACACGAACCCCAUUGAAGUCACUCUUGGGCACUAAAAUGCCUCUAAAAAAGUCCUGGAAAGGGCUAGAGGGCUGCAAAAGGAAGUAAAAUGGGGCUAAGAGUAGGACAAGUACCCUGCAAACAAACGUGGAUAGGGAAAUCACUUAAAAUAACAUAAAAUACAUAAAAAAUUUAAAUACAGCUGAGCCAUAAAAUAGCACUAGAUGGAAUCUUUGAUUUUAGCUUUGGAAGAACAUAAAUCAAAAUCUGAAGCAUGGCUGUCAGGAGUAUCUCCAGAAUUAUCCAUUUGAGAGAGGGAUGGAGUGCAGGGUAUUCUCUUUCAUUGUUCAAACUGACCUCAACUCCUGAUGCAUGGAGAAAAGGUCUUCACAAGCCUCUGCUAUUGUGUACAUAGUUUAUACUUCGUGACCCAUAGGUUGAGGAAGCGGUGACCAUGGCGGUGUUUUUAUUGGGGUAGCCCCCAAAAUAUUGGGAUAUAUAAAAAAGAAAACAAAGAAUAAGUGCACUUGAGUAUAACAAUGGCUGGGUGAGGCUGAUAUAAAUGUCUAUUCUACACAAGGUACAGACAAGUCUGCUGGGAUCCAUGCCUGGUUCAUUUUAAUAAACGUGAGCUUGUCCACGUUGGCUGUGGACAGGCGGCUGCGCUUGUCUGUGAUAACGCCCCCUGCCAUGCUAAACACACGUUCAGACAAUACACUGGCUGCAGGGCAGGCCAGCACCUCCAAGGCAUAAAGGGCAAGUUUAGGCCAUUUUCCCAAUUUUGAGACCCAGAAGUUGAAUGGGGCAGACCCAUCAGUCAGUCCGUGUAUGCGUGUGCACACGUAGUGUUCCACCAUGUUGCUGAAAUGGUGCCUCCUGCUAAGAUGUUCCAGAUCAGAUGGUGGUGCUGGUUGUUGUGGCGUGCUGACAAAGCUUUUCCACAUUUCGGCCAUGCUAACCCUGCCUUCUGAGGUGCUGACGGUGCCCCAGAUGCGUUGGCGACCUCUUCCUCAUCCUCUGCCUUUGCCUUGUGCUUCCACUGAGCCCCCGGUGUCAGUUGGGAAUGCCCUCAGCAGCACGUCUACCAGCGUGCGCUUGUAGUCGCGCAUCUUCCGAUCACGCUCCAGUGAGGGAAUUAAGGAUGGCACGUUGUCCUUGUAAUGGGGAUCCAGCAGGGUGGCCACCCAGUAAUCAGUACAAGUUAGAAUGUGGGCAACUCGGCAGUCGUUGCGCAGGCACUGCAGCAUGUAGUCGCUCAUGUGUGCCAGAUUGCCCAGAGGCAAUCACCACUCAAACAGGGCAAGCACCGAAUGACCCGGCUUUUGUGUCUUUGCAGGGGAAGAUCAAGCAUUUCACCUCUGUUGGAGGUGUAUCGUCUGUGUCCUCCGUAUCCCCCCAGCCACGCUCCAAUGAUGCCCAUGAGCUGUGUUGGGUGCCACUCUGCUGUGAAUACGGUUCCUCCUCAUCAUCCUCCUCCUCAUCCUCCAGAACUGUGCCCUGGCUGGACAAUUGUGUACCUGGCCUAUGCUGGUGCAGUAACCCACCCUCCAAGCCACUUGUGAAUGACUGGCCUGAUAACCGUGGAAAUGACCCCUCUUCCUCCUGUGCCACAUCCUCCUCCAUCAUCGCCCAAAGCGUUUUUUCAAGGAGACAUAGAAGCGUGAUAGUAAGGCUGAGAACGGCGUCAUCGGGACUGGCCAUGUUGGUGGAGUACUCUAAACAGUGCAAAAUGGCACUCAGGUCUCGCAUGGAGGCCCACUCAUUGGUGGUGAAGUAGUGCUGUUCCGCAAGGCGACUGACCCGUGCAUGCUGCAUCUGAAACUCCACUAUCGCCUGCUGCUGCUCGCACAGUCUCUCCAGCAUGUGCAAGGUGGAGUUCUGCCUUGUGGGCACGUUGCAUAUGAGGCAGUGAGCGAGAAGGCCGAAGUUACGCUGCAGCACAGACAGGCGAGAACGCCAAAAGCUUGCACAGCCCGUACUUUCUGCAGUAGCUCUGAUAUAUCUGGCUAGUUUUUCAGUAAUUUUUUCACCACCAAAUUCAGCACAUGCACCAGGCAAGGGAUGUGCGUCAAACUGGCUAGGCCCAGAGCCGCUACGAGAUUUUGCCUAUUAUCGCACAUCACCAGGCCGGGCUUGAGACUCAGUGGCAACAACCACUCAUCGGUCUGUUGUUCCAUGCCUGUCCACAGCUCCUGCGCGGUGUGGGGUUUUUCCCCCAAACAUAUGAGUUUUAAAACAGCCUGCUGUCAUUUCCCCCUGGCUGUGCUGAAGGUGUUACACUGCCCGGAUGAGGUGGUGGUAGAGGAGGAAGAAGCGGAGUAGGAGGCAAAGGAGGCAAAGAGAAAUGCCCUGCAAUCCUCGGUGGCGGAAGGACAUGCGUCUGUAACGGCAUCCCCAGGCAUAAAAGGGGUUAAACCGCCGUUUAGAGGAUAUUCCCCUUCCAGAUACACAGGCAGCUACCAAAGACACCAAUCCUCCGAACCGGAGAAGCAUAUGAAUGCUGUAAACAGCCUAACCAGAACCAUAGAAGAAUAGGAAAAACCAUACGAAAGGUUUAGCAGUGUAACUGGAACAGCAUACAAUAAAUCCCCCCCAAGAACGAUACAAAGCUCUGUGUUGAGGGUCAAGCAGUGAACAGACAGAGCUGUGGGUUUAUUGUUCUUAUAUACACAUUAGUACCACCCACAGGGUUUUGGAAAACAACCAAUAAAUACGUACAAUACACUCCCACACAAAAUCCUCCCCUCUGCCUGUGAUACAAUAACCUUACACAAUGGGUAAUGGGUAAUGUAAUUAUCACAGGCAGAGAAAUACAGUUUUUCCACAUUAUUCAUAACUUUAAAAGUGUGCAUCACAUUCACAUAAUACACAUUAAAUUUUCCGAAUCAGCAUACUCCAACCACAAACAUACGUCAAAAUCACACAAAGUGGUCCAGUGGUUCAAAAGAUAGAUCGUAGUCCUUUGUAACCAAAUGAAGCAUGGCUUUUCUGCGCAAAACCAGUUCCACAGAGUGUUCUAUCCUGGAGAUAAUUGGGAAGUAAUACAAUUAUCUCCAAGGACAGAGACACUACUCCAUUGAACACAUGGCAGCAAAAGACAAUAAAAUACAUAAAAAUAUAUAACUGUGCAGCCAUUGCAUAAAACAGGUACAUUCAACAUAUCCCCAGAUAGCUCAGAUCUGAGCGCAUAUUAUUACUAAAUGGCGCUCAGAUCACACACAUACAGUUCAAUUGUCAUGGAGCCAAAGUCUUUCCCAUGGUCUUUCAUUAUACGAAUGGGCUCCAUGGCAUAGCUAUCUGGGGUAUCACCGCUCAAACAGGGCAAGCACCGAAUGACCCGACUUUUGUGUCUUUGCAGAGGAAAAUUAAGCGUUUCAACAUGGGGCCAUAGUCUCAAGGUAGCAGACGGGCAACCAGGGUCCUCCAAUGCACAGUGGCGAGAUUGGUCUCGUCACAGCGCCAAACUGCUUUCCGCCUCAGGUCCAGCCACUACUACAUUUUCCCAGUGUGCAGUUAGGGAGAAAUAACAUCCCUGCCCAUGCUUACUGGUCCACGUAUCUGUGGUUAUGUGGACCUUGCCACAGAUGGAGUUGUGCAGUGCACACCUGAUUUUGUCCGCCAAUUGGUUGUGCAGGGAAGGGAUGGCUCGCCUGCAAAAGUAGUGGUGGCUGGGAACCACGUACUGUGGGACAGCCACCACCAUCAGGUUUUUAAAACUGUCCGUCUCCAUCAGAACGAAAUGACAGCAUUUCAAAGGCCAGAAAUGUUUAAAUGCCGGCAUUCAGGGCCAGGGAUCGCGGGUGGGUAGGGGCGUACUUCCUCUUUCUCUCCAGUGUUUGGGAGAUGGACAGCUGAAUGCUUCCAUUGCUGCCACAUCCUCUGUUUGCUGGGUGGCAGGUGGAGAAAAAGGCAGAGACAGUAGCAGAAGAGGAAGCAGGAGGAGCCUGAGACCUUUCUUGGUUUUUGAGGUGCUUACUCCACUGCAGCUCGUGCUUUGCAUGUAGAUGCCUGGUCAUGCAGGUUGAGCUCAGGUUUAGCACGUUUAUGCCUCACUUCAGGCUCUGAUUGCACAGCAUGCAAACCACUCGUGUCUUGUCAUCAGCACAUUGUCAGAAGAACUGCCACGCCAGGGAACUCCUUGGAGCUGGCUUUGGUGUGCUUGGUUCCUGGGUGCGGUGGGCAGUAGCAGGCGUACCAUCUAGAGGACGGCUGCUCUGCUUUUGCACCCUGCUCCCUCUUAUGCUGUGCUGGUGCCUCGGUCGACCACCGCCUCUACAUCCAAACUGGACACGUCACUCGCAUGACCUUCAUUCCAUGUGGGGUCUAGGACCUCAUAAUCCUCCACAUCCUCUUCCACCCACUUCUCAACCCUGCCCUCCUUGCAGGGUUGGCACAGUAGUUGGCACCUGUGUUUCGUCAUCAGAGACGUGCUGCGGUGGUCCUUGCAUGUCCACAUCCUGACACAUAAGUGGUUGUGCAUCAGUGCACUCAAUCUCUUCCACUUCUGAGGCAGGGCUAGGUGGAUGGCUCAUGCAAACCCCACCAGCAGAGUCAUCAAAAAGCAUAAGAGACUGCCUCAUGACUUCUGGCUCAAACUGCUUGGCUGAUUUGCAAGGGGGUGAGGUGAAAGACAUAUGGCCAUGGGUUGCAGGUGCCAACUCUGAGCUUUCAGCAGGGGAAUGGGUGGGAGACAAUGUGCAGGAACUGGAGGCACUGUCAGCCAUCCAAUCUACUAUCGCCUGUACUUGUUCUGGCCUCACCAUUCCUAAAGCGGCAUUCGGGCCUACCAAAAAACACUGAAGGUUCUGUUGCCUACACGCACCUUGUGCGUGUAGCUGGCACAGAUCAACUACGUCUUCACCUUGCAACAGGAGCUCCAGCGACACCAGCAGCAUCACGACCAGGGCCACAUCCCUUAUUUGACGCUCUCCUCAUUCUUUGCGUUCACCCACCAAACUAACAGAUGGUUUAUGUCAGGCGACAAUGUCAGUACCGUCAAUAGUCAACAAUUUUUUUUUUUUUAUUUUUUUUUUUUUAGUUUAUUGGACAGCAAGACAUGCACUGCAGGCUGCAAAUGUAAUAUUUAGCAGCCAAAGCACUAUUUGACGGUUCUAUUUGACUCUCAGAUAUGAAGUGCACCCCACUAAUGUACUAUUUAGCAGACUAGCACCCAGAAAAUAAGAAUGUUUACAAUUGUGCAGUAACCACAGUAUUUGACGCAUCUAUUUGACUCUCAGGCACCAAAUGUACUAUUUAGCAGUUUAACACCAAAACAAUCAGAAUGUUUUCAAUUGCGCUGUAACUGCAGUAUCUGACUCUUCUAUUUGACUCUCAGAUAUGAAGUGAAGGCACGAAAUGUACUAUUUAGCAAUUUAGCACCAAAACAAUUAGAAUUUUUAUAACUGCGCGGUAAUCACACUAUUUGACGCUUCUAUUUGACUCUCAGAUAUGAUGUGCACCCCCAAAAUUUACUAUUUAGCGAUUUAGCACCCAAAAAAUUGACUUUUUAAAACUCCAAUGUAACCGCCGUAUUUGACGCUUCUAUAUGAGUCUCAGAUAUGAAGUGCACCCCACUAAUGUAACACCAAAACAAUCAGAAUGUUUUCAAUUGCGCUGUAACUGCAGUAUCUGACUCUUCUAUUUGACUCUCAGAUAUGAAGUGAAGGCACGAAAUGUACUAUUUAGCAAUUUAGCACCAAAACAAUUAGAAUUUUUCCAAUUGCGCUGUAACCGCAGUAUUUUACGCUUCUAUUUGACUCUGAUAUGAAGAGCACGCCCCAAAUUUACUAUUUAGCAGUUUAGCACCAAAACAAUUAGAAUUUUUAUAACUGCGCGGUAAUCACACUAUUUGACGCUUCUAUUUGACUCUCAGAUAUGAUGUGCACCCCCAAAAUUUACUAUUUAGCGAUUUAGCACCCAAAAAAUUGACUUUUUAAAACUCCAAUGUAACCGCCGUAUUUGACGCUUCUAUAUGAGUCUCAGAUAUGAAGUGCACCCCACUAAUGUACUAGUUUGCAGAAUUCUUUCCUAAGCUGUCCCUCACAGCUGCAGCAUCCUCUUCCUGAACUAAUAAGACAUCAUGUGCGUGCGACGAUAUGCGACUCGAGCUUAUAUAUACAGGCUGGGUCACAUGCUGCACUGGUCAAUCACAGCCAUGCCAUUAGUAGGCACGGCUGUGAUGGCUUCUAAGGGCACACAAGUCAAACACUUGAUGAUUGGCUGCCGUGCAGCCUUUCAAAACGCGCCAUUAAAUCGCCGAACACAGAACUCCAACCCGAACAUACACUGAUAUGUCCGUGUUCGGGUCCGGGGUCCAAAAACCAUAAUGUUCGGUACGAACCCGAACUUUACAGUCUGGGUUCGCUCAACUCUAGAAAUAACCGAAGACUGCUAGCUUGUAAAUAUUGAGCAGGCAUUAGACUAAUAUGGUGAAGCAUAUGAGCCGUGCUAGGUGAUAUGUUUAGUGCAUACGUGAGAAAAGGAUGUGUGGCAAUAUUUCUGAGUUCCUCUUCCUCCACCUCCCCUGCUGUCUCACAAGAUGCGGGAUUAAAUUUUUCCAUUGUAAAUUUAGCUUAGUGACCUAUUCUUCAAUACAUUAUAUACUAAAAUAGUUUCAGCCAAACACUGUCAGGAAUCUUACCUGAUGUGGAGCCCGGUAUGCAGAGAUAUAUGCUCACCCUUGCAAAUAAACACAGACCAAGGUGACCAGAUAAGAAACCACCUGGCCUGUUAGUCUGUGCAUGGGGGCGGUGCUGGAUCUAGCUCCAAGUCGCAGUACAGGCAAGGACACAAGCAGGAGGAUCGUUGAGGAGAAGCCAAAGUCAGAAGAUGCCAGAGGUCAGAAUAAACGAGGGUAAGCGAAGGUCAGGAUAAAUGAAUAUAAACUAAAAUUGAAACAAUGGGGGUACCAGCGCUAAUAUUGAAAGGGUAUACAAUGUCACAGACUUGUGAGAGACAAUUUAUAAACAGCUGCUACAUCACCAAAAGCUUAUUUUAUAGAAUAGAGAUUUCGCUUAUAAUUUGUAUCAGUGAUUUUUCAGUGCAGAGAAAAGUUAUGGAUAUAAUAGUAAAUAUAUAUACCAUAAGAUUUAUUUAUCCUAUAUUGGGAUCCUAAUAGUAAGUAUGUUGUUCCUUAAAAACACAAAUACAAAAACCAUAUCAUAGUGUAAACCGGAUAAUAUAGUUACAUAGUUACAUAGCUGAAAAGAGACUUGCUGUCAGGAAAUGUAUUUGUUUAUUACUGGCCCUUUAAGACGGCAUGAAAGUACACACCCCUUGGUUAUUUAAACUCCAAUCUCCAAUACCUCAGGGCACAAUUAAUGUGUUAAUUUGCCUGAUUGCAUCAACCUCCUUACUAAUCAUUUGGAUCACUCCUAGAGAGACCGUGUGUUCCAUCACCGGACCCCUUCUGAAUCUCCUCUUUAUACCCCUUUGUCUUUGAUUACCUGGUUAACUAAUUCGGACUGGCCUUGACUCUGCCUUUGGAAUUUCCUUCAAUACUUCUAGAUCUCCUAUUGAACGACCUCUGACUGGAUAAAGGACAUUGCUUAUGGACUAACCCUGGACACAUCACCUAAACUUCUAUUUUCAAGGUCUGUCAGUUUAUCUCUCUGCUUUGCUGCCACAUCAGUUUGCCGUGCUGAAACUGCCUCAAAAUAAAAAGUGAGUGGUUCUUAUUUUUUUUUUGGCAUUUGUUAAAGAAAAAACAUGACACUUGCGUCCAUCACGUUCAGCCUUUCUCACAUAUGUUUUUGCUGUUGAUCCAAAAGAAGGCAAAAAACCUAGUCUGAAGUGCUUCCAAUUUUGCAACAAACUUGGAAGAAAUUCCUUCUUGACCCCAAAAUAGCAGUCAGAUGUCUCCUUGGAUCAAGCAGCUAUUACCCCACUAAUUAGAAAUUAUAUCCCUGUAUGUUAUGUUUUUGCAAGUAUUUCUCCAAUUGCAGUUUAAACAUCUGUAUAGACUCUGACAAAACCAUUCCAUAUCCUUAUUGCUCUUACUGUUACAAAACAUUUUCUUUGUCUUAAAUGAAAUCUCCUUUCUUCCAGCCUAAAUGUAUGACCUCAUGUCCUAUGUAUAGCCCUGUUUAUGAAUAGAUUUCCUGAUAAAGGUUUUGUGGCGGAACCAACCUUGCCACUGUGCACUGGAGAAGCCUGGUUGCUCGCCUGCUCCCUUUAGAUUAUGGCCCUGCAGUUCAGAGCUGUUAUUCUACCUGCUGAAAGGUUUAUUCGUGCCUUUCUGCCAGGGUGUUCGGUAGAUUCCAUCUACCGAACAAACUACCGAACGAUGGACCACCUGGGAGCUGGAGUGUGCCGUCAAUUGACCGCCCAGAAGCUGCGGUUAACCGCAGCUUAAUUGAUGAACGCUGGGUGGCCUUUGUUCGUCUGCCGAACAAGUGGCAGCGGCCAUUUUACCUCCUGUAUAGGUGUUCAGCGCCCAAACUAUGGAACUGAAAACGGACACUUAUUGGCACGAACACCGCUGAGCCGCCAGCCUCCUUACCUUCCCAUUCGGUUAGCAGAACCGAAUGACUGUUCAUUCAGUAGUUUCGCCGGAUGAACAGCAUCCCUCAGAUAGCUAAGCCAGCAGCACACUUCUAUCCUGGGUGGCCAUCCGUUUGGUAGAUUUGUUCGGUGAAAAUGAGUCAUUCGUAUGGCUGGGCUAUAGAAACAGCCAUUUACACGAAGGGGGGCAGAAAUAGACGAAUCCACCACAAUAGACAGACAGAUGGUUCUGUCACAGAUUUUAAUUUUUAAAUGGAAAAAGGUAGAUUAAAUUUCCCACUCACAAUUUUAAGAGCUAAACGAUUAAGCUCAAUUAGUGCGCUCUUAGGGUCCAUAGAGGCGACCCUCUCACUUCUUUGGGAUGUGGUCUUUUCUUUCUUAUCCUAUAUGGCAGAUUGAAAAAGAACACAUAUGGUGCAAUAACGUAGAUCUUAACUUAUAUAAGUUGUAAUGUAAAGGGGAUACUUACAAACCCAAAGCCUUCCAAAUAGGCUCAGAUGAAAUGGCAUAAGGUUAAGGACCACACUCCUUCUUUCAAAUAGCAGGAAAAAGUUUUUUUUAUAUAUAUAUAUAUAUAUAUAUAUAUAUAUGUAUGUAUGUAUGUAUGUAUGUAUGUGUGUUUUAAGGCCAUUUGGCCUGUAUUUGUGGGAGGGGCUUAAAUUAAUUCACUCCCCUAUAUAAGGGACACCCCUUACCUGACUCAUAUCGCUUGAGGUCAGCAUCAGAAUGAUUUCCACUUCCGGGUCAUCCAGACGCCAUUUUACCUGAUUACUCCAUGAGGUUUUCUAAGCUGAGCUGUGUCAGGAAUUCAGCCACAGGCUUUUCCGGCCUACCACCUUCUUUCUUCAAUCUAUUGCUGUGGAUGGUGUCCAAGUGACUCACACACCGUAAGUCGACCUACCCGUUACGCCAGGCAUCAGUCCCACGGCACCAUGCACGGGUCAGGUCCUCACUUUACGGCUGCAUUUGGUCUAAAUCUGUCCUAAAACCAUUGCAUGUUCAUGCAUAUCAUUCGUUUAAACUCACUUGUUUAUAUCUGUCACUGGCUCAUUUCGAGCAUUAGCAUACUCCCAAAAGGGAACACAUUCUGUUUCAAUUGCCUAAACAUACUAGGCAAUUCUGUGCGUGCAUUUCGAAUCUCACUGCUCGUUUCGUUUUGUUUCCCUGGCAUACCAGGCUCACGAUUCGUGCAAUUUUCUACCAAACGGGUACUAGUUCAUGCAUUUACUAUUGUACUACACACACGUUUCGUGUGUUUACAACCCGUGAACAGAACUUUGGUUUGUUACAAUGAUUGUUAUUAAGCUAUUAUGUUCACUUAUUGUAUAUUGUCAAACGGGCACUGUUUGUUUCACAACUAUAAUGCUGGGGCAUAGCUCACAAACAAUGUUUCACAUAAACCACACUGACCCCUACAGGUCACUCUCAAAAUCUCACGUUAACCUUGCAUUUGGAUUAACCCCUUAAGGACCAAACUCUGGAAUAAAUGAUAUGUCACACAUGUCAUGUAUCCUUCAGGGGUUAAAGGGUAUUUUACCAUACAAUCAGCAUUUCUGACCCCUACUGGUCAACAGCAAAACUGUCUUCACAUGUCAUAUACAAUUACCAGCCAAUAUAAAUUACACAUAAGAUUGUUUUAAACAUAACCAUAAACCAUGAAUUAAACUCCAACACGGGCUCAACUUCAGGUUUAAUUCACAAUAAUUUACAUUUCACAUUAAGACUAACAGUGGUUCUAUCAACACUGCCACCUACAGGUCUGUCAAGUACAUUGACAAUUUUCAUGGGGUUUUACAAACACCAAAACACUGACCCCUAUAGGUCAACAGACAAACAACAUUUCACAUACCAAUCAGUAUCCAACUACACUGCCACCUAUAGGGCACUCAGCAGAUCUCCAGUGCACUUGCAUUUUGCAACUCCAUGUUCACUUGCCAUUCAAUAAGGCAUACAACAAUUCACAUAGCAAGCAGUAUAUCAAUAUCUGUUAUAAAUACACAUUAUUACACAGUAGCACACGCAUCUGUAUAUACGUAACUGGUAAUAUGGUUCACAUACAUACGGCACUUAAUGGGUUAAGAUUGAUACAUAUUUAACCAGUAUGGAUAUGAUGUUUAAUAUUUACAUAUCACGGCACUUUACUUUCACAUAUACUGUAUGUUUUAAGAUAAGCUUGGUCUAUGCCAUAUUUCCUUAUGCCAUACGAUUUUUAUCCAUUCAGGUUACAGUUACUACUAAAAAACCUAUAAGGAUGGUUAGGUUCAAUACCAUACUACCAGGUACGUACACCUGCUCACGUAGUUAUCCAUCUCUUACCUUCCCUGGAAUAGUAAUAGUGUACCGGCAAUUAGGGUUCUAGGGCCCAAUAGGUAUUACCCCCUUUUUUCUCUGCAUUAUGCUUCAGUUAGUGGUCCCGUGAGGCCAACACCCCGCCUCACACUCGGAGGCAUACACCCCUCGGGCCACUCGUGAGCUAGCCGCCUCGCAUUGUAUCAUAGAGAGGGCCUCACCUGUCACUCCCCUUCCUAUUUUUCUGGUUACUGUCACCGAGAGGCCAACAUCCUGCCACAACGUUCGGUGGCCACACAAAAUCCCCUCGCGCCAAGCAUAGAUAGAGCCUCUCAAGCCACUUGGCAACUAGCAGGGCCUCACCAGUCACCAAAAAACACCAAGCCUAAUCGUUUCGCCUUACGGCUUAGCUAGCAAGCCGGUACAAGACCCCUGGGUACAAAUAUAUAAUUGCAAUCUUUAUUGUUAUUUAAGUAUUUCUCAAAAAGAUUGUAAAGAAUCACCUCUUCCUAGCACCACGGCUAGAAGUGAUACACCUUCAUCUCUUACCUUCCCUGGAAUAGUAGUAAUGUACUGGCAAUUAGGGUUCUAUGGCCCAAUAGGUAUUACCCCGUUUCUCUGCUUUACGCUUCGGUUAGUGGUCCCGCGAGGCCAACACCCUUCCUCACACUCGGAGGCAUACACCCCUCGGGCCACUCGUGAGCUAGCCGCCUCGCAUUGUAUCAUAGAGAGGGCCUCACCUGUCACUCCCCUUCCUAUUUUCUGGUUACUGUCACCGAGAGGCCAACAUCCUGCCACAACGUUCGGUGGCCACGCUACUGUACAACCAGCACCAACCGAAACUCGGUUACCUGGUACAAUCAAUUCUUGGUACAAGACGUUAACCCUGCACAUAUGAUGCCGGCACAUUGUGGAAACAAGGCAUAAAUAUGUAUGAUGAUGUAUCCCCAGGGAUUCUAGGUAAAUCGGGAACUGACCAUCCCUUGGUUGUGUUGGCAUUUGGAAUAUGUAGAGAUGCUUAUUUGUGCAGGUACCCAUACAGAAGGGAUUUUCUCCCAAACAAACGGGUGAGCACUCUCAGGGCUCCAGGUACCAGCACCUCUGAACUACCAUAGACAAUUGGUAUUAGUAGUUGCAUUGCAUAUAGACUGUUGCAUAUAUGUUCAAAUCAUUCAGGGCACAUGACAAACCAUGUGUCCCAAUACAACUUACAAAUAACGUACUCUCCAUCUGUAUACACCAAUGCAUUUUCAACACUACUGACUCAUCACCCUUCCAGACUUGUAGUAGAGUUACUAAGGCUCUGGAGCUUCAAAGGGCUCACAUACAGGUAUCAUAAAUAAACUCUCAAGGAAUAUAGCAUGCCCUCACUUACAGUCAGCACAACAGAACUGUCGGCUGUAAACACACUCAUAGCCAAGAUUUGCAGAGGGGUUUUUACUUGGGUUUUCCAAUCUCCACCAUUUACAGCAUGGCACCAAACACAAAUGCAUUGGUAUUGUCACAAGGGAAUCUUCCCUUAAACAAAGACUAACCAUAGACUUAUUGGCACCACACACCUUCGCUACCCCAAGUCUAAACUCCCUCAUACCCUCCGAGGAGUUUCCUUACUAUACACACCAUUGAUCUACCUUUACAGCUAUCACUUAAGCAGGGGUUGAAGCUUCGUUAAGUAAGACCAAUAUCAUCAACACAGUAAACGGCUAUCAUCUACCCUACAAACUGGCACUUACAUGGCAUAAAAUGGGCAAUCCUUUCCCCGCUAAAAGCAGCUGCUGUGGCAUGGGGUAAAUCAUGGUCAGGGUCAUCAAUCCGUUGUUACUCAGACAACUAAGCACAUGUCAUAUCAUCAACAGAUGCCACUCAUCAUCCAUACGAUCAUGGUAUUGCUGGGGAACUCACUUGGUUGGCCACUUACCACAUUUCUUUUACUUUCAUGUACCAGGCGUUGGUAUACAUCCUUGCCGACAAUUGUCUCAUUUAUAUUCCAGGCACGUUUAUCAUACGCUUCCUACAGCCUUAUAUACAGUCACGGCCACUCUUUCGUUCCAGAGACAAAAUCAUGGAUUAGACAUACUCAUGCAGCAUAGCAUGCACUAUCCCACCUAGCACUUUCAUCCCAUACUUGUAGAACGCACCUAUUCACCUGGCUUUAAAGAAUCUCAUUGGAACACGACAUAGCUCAACCUGUGUCAUAACAUUUCUCCUAGGUUUUGCUUCAUUUUUUGCCACCUUAAACUAAAAACAUCUCACACACGAUUAAUUAUAUAUUUUACAGGCAUUCAACAACACAGGAUAACCUAUGGCCAAAACUACCAUAACUUCAUGCUGUCAUACCAGACAAGAAUAUACUCAGAGGUUUUCAGGAAUCCAUCCCCCCACGUUCCUCACAGAUAUUACCAAUAGCCAUCCAACUUUUCCAUCCUUAUUGGACCUAUUAGAGCUACAACCUUUCAAUUAUACUACCAAGUUGGCCAUUACCAGCCAUGCACACUGCCUUUUAUGCCUUUCUCAGGCCAGAGAAUCCACUACCAUAACCACCACUCAGACAGAUCAUUGUCUUCAACGAUCCCACGUGUGUAAACACAUAUAUCAUUACCUAUUGGCUCUACCACAUUCCGAAACGAGUCAACACGCACCAACAGUAGAGAUAACAUACUAUCCUACCCACAACAAAUGGUGUCCAGUUGUGGUCCUAGAUUCCUACCUUCAAAAAUCCUUCAAGGAAUUAAAUACCGUAAUGCAUUUAAGGAAAUGUCUGGUUAAUUUGUAUAUAUUGUUGACUGUAUUAAAUCUUUGAUUAUUCUUUUUGCCCUCUUUAUUUACAGGCCUACCGUAUCGUCGGUCUUGGCACACCACAACCGACUUGCUCCCUUUAUACUAUCCUACGCUUAUGCUGGAACCUUACUCCAUAUACGGCUAUUUGCCCCGAACACAAAUAUAAAUAUAUAUAGCGAAGCAGGAACAAGCUCUUAAAAGAGCCCAGUGAUUAUAGCCAGGGGAGUAUACAGCGUAUAGCAAUCCCCAGUGUAGAUGCAGCCUUUUCCCCCACACAUGAGACAAAGCUUUAUGUUGAGGGUAAAACAGGAACUCAGCAGUCUGAGGGUUUAUUCUCUCUUUUAUAUACAGGUUUUCCCACAAGGUUACACAAACCCUCCCCUCUGCCUGUGAUACAAUUAACAAACACAAUGGGCUAACUUAAUUACUCACAGGCAGAAAACACACAUUUUUCCAAAUCACAGGAAACAUCCCAAAACACCACAUAUCCCCUGAUCUGGGUGAACAACAUAUCCAAAUAUCACCCAGAUCAGAGCAGGGGUUCAAAAGUUUUCUGGAAGUCCCUUUUGACCGACCGCAAGCAUGGCUUUCAUGACCAAAAUAGUGCCACAGAUUUAGGCUGUGCGGCCAGUCUAUCUUCUCCUCUAUCCUGGAGAAAAUUGGCUUAAAGGACCACUAUAGUGCCAGGAAAACAUACUCGUUUUCCUGGCACUAUAGUGCCCUGAGGGUGCCCCCACCCAGGGGCGUUUUAGCUGCGAGGCAAACAAGGCAUUUGCCUUGGGCGGCAUUUUUCAGGGGGCGGCAAAAAAAGCCGCCCCCCAAAUGCCCAAGGCAAAUGUCUUGUUAGCUUCGCGGCUAACAGACAUGCUGGGCGGCAUUGGCGGGCGGCUGACGAGGGAGCUCUUCCUGUGAGCUGUCUGCUCAGCUCCCUCGCGCGCCGCAGAGUGAGGCUGGGAGCCGGGAUAUGACGUCAUAUCCCGGCUCCCAGCCUCACUCUGCGGCGCGCGAGGGAGCUGAGCAGUCCAGCUCACAGGAAGAGCUCCCUCGUCAGCCGCCCGCCCGCCAAUGCCGCCCACCCAGCAGCCACUGGACCACCAGGGAGAUAGAGAACCCCUUCCCUCCCCAGCACUCCCAAAGGUAAGGCGGCUGGAGGAGGAGGGGGGGUUUUUAAAAGUACGUGUGUGUCUGUUAGUGAGUGUGUCUGUUAGUGAGUGUGUGUGAGUGUUAGUGUGUGUGUGUGAGUGUUAGUGUUAGUGUGUGUGUGUCUGUCUGUGAGAGUGUGUCUCUGCUAGUGAGUGUGUGUGUGUUUGACUGUGUGUGUCAGUGAGUUUGUGUUUCUGUUAGCUAGUGUACGCGUAUCUGUCAGUGCGCGUGUGUGUGUGUGUGUAUUUAGAAGGCGGGGGGAAGGGAUGGGUGGGGGUCGCACGCGCAGGGGGGAAGGGAUGGGUGGGGGUCGCGCGUGCAGGGGGGAAGGGAUGGGUGGGGGUCGCGCGUGCAGGGGGGAAGGGAUGGGGGGCGCCUGAGUUUUGUCCUGCCUAGGGCAGCACAAAACCAGGAUACACCACUGCCCCCACCCUCAGGGUCCCCCUCCCUCAGGGUCCCCCGCCCGGCUCUGGAAGGGGGAAAGGGGUUUAAACUUACCUUUUUCCAGCGCUGGGCGGAGAGCUCUCCUCCUCUCCUCCUCAGUUCCACCCCGUCGGCUGAAUGUGCACGCGCGGCAAGAGCUGCGUGCACAUUCAGCCGGUCGCAUAGGAAAGCAUUUACAAUGCUUUCCUAUGGACGCUGGCGUGCUCUCACUUUGAAAAUCACAGUGAGAAGCACGCAAGCGCCUCUAGUGGCUGUCAAUGAGACAGCCACUAGAGGCUUUGGGGGAAGGCUUAACCCAUUCAUAAACAUAGCAGUUUCUCUGAAACUGCUAUGUUUAUUAAAAAAUGGGUUAAUCCUAGCUGGACCUGGCACCCAGACCACUUCAUUAUUAUUAUUAUUGGGGCCAGCAAUGACUACAGUACACAUCAGCCCCACUAUAUAGUAAAAACCAAAGAAAAAAGUUACCUGCGCUCUCUCCUUAAUCCCUAUGUAUAUUUAGACAAAUGGAGGUCAUUUAGUUGCUCCAAUGGCCAUUGGAGGGAAUGCCCGUCUGCCAACGUUAAGGCAGACCCCCCCUAAGCGGGUCCUAACACUGACCCUUCUGCCUGCUUCCUUGAGCUUCUGGCAAAGAUAUCUCUAAUGAGACAGAGAGGGGUAUUUUUAUAUACACCCCUAUAUACUUAUUAACCCUUAAUAGGGAACACAUGGGAUGGACGGCAGCAUUGUAACAAGGCUGUGUGAUACAAAGUAAAUACAAAUACAAAAAGAGAAGUCCUGCACUCACUCCCAUCACUACUGGGCUGGCAGCAAUGAAGCUCAAGGAAGCAGGCAGAAGGGUCAGUGUUAGGACCCGCUUAGGGGGGUCUGCCUUGACGUUGGCAGACGGGCAUUCCCUCCAAUGGCCAAUGGAGCAACUAAAUGACCACCAUUUGUCUAAAUAUACAUAGGGAUUAAGGAGAGAGCGCAGGUAACUUUUUUUCUUUUCUUAUAAUACAAUGUUUAACCUAUAUGUCCAACAUAUCCCCAGAUAGCUUGAAUCUGAGCGUUCAAUAUGUCUGUAAAGCGCUCAGAUCUCACGAAUACAGAUGGAUCACCAUAGGGUCAAACAAUAGAGCUGAUGGGAGACUGAGGAGGGACAAAGCAAUAGAGCUGAUGGGAGACUGAGGAGGGACAAAGCAGCCAGUUUCAAGUGGUCUGGCAGUGUCCCUGGGACAACGUCCUGCUGGAGAACAAUAGGACAGGAAAAAGGAGGAGGGGAAGAGGCACAUUUUUCCAUGGAUUUAAAGGGGCAGACAAAGUGUUUUAAAAUCCAAUAAGUCCAAAUAGACUUUUUAGCAUGUUUUUUUUUUCAGGGCCCAUAGUCUUUGGGCAAAAGGCUGGCCAUUAGUCCUCUCCAAAACCCAGUGGCGAGGUUAUUUUCGCCACAAUCUCCUACCCCUAAGAGGGGUGUAUAUAUAGCAGGAACCAGCCCAAGGAGGAUUAAUAAAGACUUUUUUUUUAUCCAGCUGAGGAAGCCUAUAUGGCGAAACGUGUCCUGGAGAAUUGUGAGACAUAGACUCUAUAUACUGGACUUAUUAUGCCCAUAUAGUGUUGUUUUUUUACCAUAUAUAUUUUUAUAUUUUUUUAUACUGAUACAAUAAAGUUUAUAUAUAUUUUUAACUCACUAUCAGAACUUUUUCCUGCUAUUUGAAAGAAGGAGUGUGGUCCUUAACCACAUAUGCUAUUUAAUCUGAGCAUAUUUGGAAGACUCUGGGUUUGUAAGUACCCUGUUUACCUUACAACUUACAUAAGAUAAGAUCUACGUUAUUGCACCAUAUGUGUUCUUUUUCAAUCUGCCAUAUAGGAUAUUAAAGAAAAGAACACCACGGAAAGAAGGGAGAGGGUCGCCUUUACGUACCCUAAGAGCGCACUAAUUGAGCUUAAUCGUUUAGCUCUUAAAAUUGUGAGUGGGAAAUUUUUCCACAUUAUAUUAUACGGUUUACACUAUGAUAUGGUUUUUGUAUUUGUGUUUUUAAGGAACAACAUACUUACCAUUAAGAUCCCAAUAUAGGGGAAAAAAAAUCUUAAGGUAUAUAUAUUUACUAUUAUGUCCAUAAUUUUUCUCUGCCCUGAAAAUCAUCAAUACAAAUUAUAAGUGCUUCACCAUCACACUGGUUCGAAUAUAAGCUAAGGUCAGGAGCCAUCUGAACUGACACUGCCCUCAGAGAGAGGCAGUGUUUUAUACCUGGCUGAUUUGACAUCUGCUUCCGGUGGACUGAGAUAGAUAGGAGCAGCCACAGGAAAAGUCCAGCCCCCUAGUGCUGGAGACAUAGCCAGGUAGAACAGCGCUAUAAAUACUCAAAGGAAAAAGGGCUGCUGUGGCUUAAAGGCAGCAAGAUCAGCAUCCAAUUUGUACAGCUCUGGAGAAGCCAGAUGCACAUAGGCCAUUAAUGAGCCUUUGGUACCCAGUGAUGGCACAGGUAUGAGGGCAAAACACUUUUCCCCAUUACUGGCAAAUGUGGUUAUAGUGCUCCUCACAUCAUAACCACUCAUUCUGAAAUGGUUAUGAAGCUUGGAGUAACCUUUUUAACAUUUUUCUUCUAUUUUCCAUAGUUGUAGUGCAUUUCAUUUACAUAGUUUUUUUUUUUUCAUAAUUUAGAAUAAAUUGUUCAGACUAGCAUGUAGGUUAUUGUUGUUUAAAGUAUUGCAAAUAUAUGCACAUAACAUAUAUUCUUUGAUUAGGUGUCCCACAAUAGUUUCUGAGUGUAGCGGAGAGCUGGUAUUACACAGCCUAUCUCCACUUUAGAUUUCAGGAACAAGCAAUUAUAAAUCCAUAGGGUAAAAUAUCCAGCAGGCAAAAUAACACAGCAGUAUCCCAACAGCAAUCCCAAUAACUGGACGACACACAGUAUCAGGAGCAGAACUAAAUUAUUCACACAGUGGCCUUUUAAAGCCUGCUCCCAUGCAAGGGAGGGAUUUCCAUUCAUUUGUACAGUAGCCAAUCCUGCUCUGGUAACCUACCACACAUCUCCUCCCCUCAGCCUGCAUCAUAAUCCCCUUAUCCAGCACACCAAUUAGCCCCCGUUUCUGGAUGUACCCCUAAACUUAGGUGUACCACUUUAAAUUAUACAUCCCCUGGUAGCCCUGAUCUGGGUGAACAACAUAUCCAAAAAUCACCCAGAUCAGACCAGGGGUUCGGGAAAUUCAUGGAGGGAAUAAAAUGACCGACUGCACUGGAGAGAACAGCCGAAUGGGGUUCCAUGCGAUGGGGCCCUGCGGUCGGUCCUGUGGUCAGGUAAUAAACUGCACGAAAGCCUCUAUCUACAGAGAUUAGGGAGGGUUCGCCUGAAUCCCCUCGUUCGGUUAUUUCUAUCUACCGAACGAGGGGCCGUAAGGUAGUUUGGAACCGAACGGACCGGGCUUGUGGAGGUCUCAGCGGUGUUCGCCUAGUCGAGUGCCCAAUUUGAGUUCCAGACACUCGACGGCAAAACACCGCUGUUUGGGAGUUUUAAAAUGGCCGCCGCCACGUGUUCGUUUCCCGAAUGGCGGCCACCCCCGAGAACAAAGGACGGCUACUCAGCUUGUCAAUUACCCGUUCGCAACAAUGUUGCAACGGGUAAUUGAAGGCACACUUCACACAGGGGAGGUCUGACUGUUCAGUAGUUUCAUUCGAACAAACUAAGGGAAUGAAACUACCUAACAUUCAGACGAAUACAAUACAGUUAACACAUAGAACUUUGCUAUUUUACAUGAAUGCAUUCAAACCCAUGUAAUUCUGAGGACAGCCCAGUGCCAUCCACUACACUGAGUUUCUGUCUGUCUGUGAUGAAAAAGUCUGCUCUAUCAUUGCGAUAUUAAAGAAACUGUUAAAUAUCUUAUAUUUGGUUAUUGGAGUUAAAGUCUUCUAUCUUGAAUGCUAUUUCCUUUAGUUAUCUGUCUCUUUUCUCUUGUUUUUUCCUUCUCCCCUACACCAUUUAUAGCAGAAUAUACAAAAUAAAAUGUAUCAAAUAAUUUCAGACAUUUAAGGGAGAAUGCCAAAAGAUUUUACAUCACUUAUCUGGUUUCAGCUAGCAGUUUCUGGUCAUUGUUCCUCUUUUCUCUCCUCCCCAUUUAUUCCUGCUUCGCUUGUUUUGUUCUCCGGUAUCUUUUUCCUCUUUUUCUUUUUUUCUUAUUUCUACUCCCGUCUUUGCCUCAGGGCACCAUUUCUCCACAUGGGGCAAAAAAAAAAAAAAACCUCUACAUACAGCUUCAAUCAGUAGGCAUAUCCCUGUACUUCCCCUUGUUUUUUAGUAAUCCUGCAGGUUUACCCAGACUAGGCUUUCAUAAUAAUCUGUUUAGCAGGAGGGAACAGGGAAAGGAAAUUCACGGAGUUCAUCCCCUGGUCUCCUUCUUCAUAUCACCUGUGUCUGGUUCAACUCCACCCGACCGCGUGCAUGGCGUUGUGACGUCACGUCAUGGCUUUCUCCGCCCCCUUUUUGCAUUAGUCUGCAAUAUAUUUCAAUUCAAGCAGACUGUACUAAUCUGCCACAAUUGUCCUCUGUUGGUUAAUGGCUCUGGGGUGUAACCACACUAUGCAAAUCUCUCCAUUCAAUAAUCCCGUAUAUCGAAUUUAUUUCUUCCUAUCUCAUGAACUUUUCUGUCCUGCCCCACCUCAUUAUUACUCAAUUGCACCAAAUGAACUUAAUUACAGCUCAAUAUUACUUCCGGUCCUGUUUUGAUAUUCCCACAUUUGAACUGGGUCUUUUCUAAACAUUUCCAUGCUAUAAACAACAAGCAAAAUGACAGGUGGUUGGAAGUACAGCUCUGAGAAGUAGCUAAUUUUUUGAAAGUGUCCUGUGGAAGUGAUGAGCUGCAUUUUGUUGCAAUGAGGUGCUUGUAGUUGUUUCUCAUUGCAGGCCACAUGGAAGCUGCAAAUGCCUUUUAAGUGCAGUGUUAUAAAGAAUAGACACCCAGCUGAAGUUGCUGGUAAGAGGAUGAUUCAUGGUUGGCUGUCUGAGUCUUUUAUAAACCCUGCUCUGUUCUCUUGUUGUCUAUGUCAAUGCAUUGCACGUAUACACGUAUGAUACAUACAACAGGUGGAUCACACGUCUUGAUGUGUCUAAAAGAAACACAAAAUAAUAUAGUGCAAUAUUGCCAAUAUAUAUAAUAAUUUGGUACAAUAUGGAGAUUAAGUACUCACAAGCCUGGAGCCAAAUAGUAACAUGCAGUGGGACUUUUCAGUAGGAUGUCCUCAUCCUUCUUCUAGAUGUUCCUGUGGUAUAUUCAGGAUGAGUAGAAUAAAUGUGAGCUGUGCAGGCAGAUUUUCUUCACAAAGAUCUUUAUUAAUCCAGAAUUAGUAAAAAAAAUGUGCAGUGACACCAAUAAAAUCGGUAUAAAUGGCUAAAAACAAACAAUGUCGCUGAAUCAGUCCAAAGUCAGAUAUUUCCAAAUGGCUUGUAGUGCCACUUGUAGUAUAAGCCAUUUGGUCCCACUGCACCACAGGAACAUCUAGAAGAAGGAUGGGGACAUUCUACUGAAAAGUCCCACUGCACCACUCAUUUACUUACAUUUAAUUUACUCCUGAAACCUAGGAUACAGCAGGGAGAUGGAGGAAGAUGGAACUGAAAUAGCAGCGGAUGCAAUGUCCUGCUCACAGUAUUAUUCAUCAUGCCCUUUUUUCAAAUUUUCUGGGGCACCUUUCACAAUUCAUUGGCAUGCACCAACAUACAUGUCAAGAACAACAAUCUAAAUAGCUCACGACAUCUGCAUCAUCAACACUAGAGUUCGAGUUCGGCCUCGAACUUGACCCCGAACCUGAACCCCAUUGAAGUCAAUGGGGACCUGAACUUUUGGGCACUAAAAUGCCUCUAAAAAAGUCCUGGAAAGGGCUAGAGGGCUACAAAAGGGAAGUAAAAUGGGGGUUUCUACAGCAGCUGUGAUAUAUCUGGGUAGUUUUCAGGAAUUUCUGCACCACCAAAUUCAGCACAUGCGCCAGGCAAGGGAUGUGCAUCAAACCGGCUAGACCCAGAAAUUCUACGAGAUUUCGCCCUUUAUCGCACACCACCAGGCCUGGCUUGAGGCUCAGUGGCAACAACCACUCAUCAGUCUGUUGUUCCAUGCCUGUCUACAUCUCCUGCAUGGUGUGGGGUUUUUCCCCCAAACAUAUGAGUUUCCCCCUGGCUGUGCUGAAGUUGGUGGUGAAGGUGUUACGCUGACUAGAUGAGGAGGUGGUAGAGGAGGAGGAAGCGGAGUAGGAGGAGGCAACAGGAGGCAAAGCUGUGUACCCAAAUAAAGAUUAUCAAACGUUGUAUCCUGGAACUGUGUCCCAUCCGGUUACUGGGGAAAUGGGUCUGACCUAUUCUAAUCAAAGGGGAUAACCAUCGGUUACCCAGGUCCCACUUCAGUUGGUGGCAAGCGGCGGGAUCCUAUGUCUCUGCCAACAGACCCAUGGACUACAGUGUCUAAAGCGACCUACACUGCAGGACUUGUGUGGAGCCAGAGGAAUAACACCUGGUGGGCGUAACAAGGCCGAAUUGACUGAUGCACUCAUGGAGGACGACCAGGCACGCAGUGAGGCAACGAACCCUAGCCAGGGGCUGGAGAUGAGACUGGUCUUUCACAGGUUAACUCCACUAAAGAUCCCAGUGAGGCUCAGGAACAAGUAAUAAAAUACCAUAGAAUAAUAAUCACAGCAAGCAAGGUAAUCCACAAAUAUCCCCAUACAGAUCCCAAUGACUGGAUGACACACAGCAUCAGGAGCAGAACUGAACUUUUAAUCACUCAACCUUCUUUUAAAGCUUUCUCCCAUUUACAGUAAUUACACAAUACACCAAUCAUACAUGAGUUGCCAUCCACAAAUGCUCUCCCCUUAGUAUGACUCAUAAUCCCAUUAUGCAGGACACCGUUCCCCUGGUUUUCUGGAUGUACCCCAAAACAUAGGGGUACCCCUUUAAAUAUUACAUCCCCUGGUAGCCCUGAUCUGGGUGAGAAACAUAUUAAAAAAUCACCCAGAUCGGACCAGGGGUUCGGGAAAUUCCUGGAGGUAAUAAAAAGACUGACCGAGCUGGAGUUAACAGCCGAAAGGGGUUCCAUACAUUUUGGCCCUACGGUCGGUCACAGAAACAGGGAAUAAAAUACACGAACGGCUUGGGUUAUGGAGACUGGGGAGGAUUCGGAUAAACCCCCUUGUUCGUGGGGUUCUUUCUACCGAACGGGGAGACGUUCGGUAGUUUCUACACUAAUUGACGGCAGUGUGGAGGUCUCAGCGGUGUUUGCCUAACUGAGUGUCCAAUUUGGGUUCCAGAUACUCAACAGCAAAACUCCGCUGUUCAGGAGUUUAAGAUGGCCACCGCCACGUGUUCGUCUCCCGAAUGGCGGCCACCCAGAGGACAAAGCACACACUGCACUGAUUGCCAAUUACCCAUUUGCAACAUUGUUGCGAACGGUAAUUGGAGGCACACUUAUUCCUGGGGUGGUCUGAUUGUUCAGUAGUUUCACUCGCAUAAUAACUAGAGUGAUUUUACUGAACAAUCAGACGAAUGCUGCAUAGACUUUACAUACAUAUGGCAAAAAUUAACCAAACUCAUACGAAUACACAUAAUUCUGAGGACAGCCCAAUUCCAUCCACUACAAGGAGGAAGUGUGCAAGGAGGUGGAACGGCGCCUGGCAUAUUACCGAGAGCCACCCUCAAAGCAGAUCGUCAGCAGGACCUUUUUGGAGGUACAAGCCUUGCCAAAAGACAGAGGGCGACCUCCAUGAAUCCAGAUUAAGGAAGAAGGGAGCAGAGGGCGCUGGGAAGCACAACCACCCUGGCCCACAAGCUACCAUACAAUGCCUUCAAAGACUUCAAAGAAGCAGAAGAAGGCAUCAAUGACUUUUUACAAGACUUUGAGCGCCAGUGCCUACUCCAAGACAUGGACCCCGGUGACUGGGUCACCAUCCUGGCCAGCAAACUAGUGGGGAAGGCAGAGGAUAUUUAGCGGGCUGUACCAGAAGAGCAGAUCAGAGACUAUCCCUUUAUUACACAAAUCCUCCUGGCCCGGUAUGCGGUCACCCCCGAGCAAUACCGCUGAAAGUUUAGGGAGACCCGGAAAGGGGAGAAUGCCGCAUCACAAGGGCCACCCAGAACUGGCUCAACUCCCAUUAAGCCAAGUUCCCGGAGGAGAUCACCCAGCUCGUCAUGCUAGAGCAUUUUUUUUCCUUGGAGCUGGCUUUGGUGUGCUCGGUCCCUGGAUAUGGUGGGCAGUAGCAGGCGUACUGUCUAGGGGACGGCUGCUCCACUUUUGCACACUGCUCUAGGAGGAGGUGGAUGUGGAGUAGGAGGUUGAGGAGGUGGUGGCGGUGUUGGUGGAAGCGGCGGUGGAGGAGGUAGCCAACACUGUUUAUUUUUUUAUUUUUUUAUUUAUUUUUUAUUGGGGUAGCCCCCCCAAAAUUGGGACAUAUAAAAAAAAAAGAAAACAAAGAAUAAGUGCACUUGAGUAUAACAAUGGCUGGGUGAGGCCAGUAUAAAUGUCUAUUCUGCACAAGGUACAGACAAGUCUGGAUCCAUGCCUAGUUCAUUUUAAUAAACGUGAGCUUGUCCACGUUGGCUGUGGAUGUGCUAAACACAUGUUCAAUACACUGGCUGCAAGGCAGGCCAGCACCUCCAAGGCAUAAAGGGCAAGCUCAGGCCAUGUGCCCAAUUUGGAGAUCCAGAAGUUGAAUGGGGCAGACCCAUCAGUCAGUACGUGUAGGCGUGUGCACACGUACUGUUCCACCAUGUUGCUGAAAUGCUGCCAGUUGCUAAGACGUUCCAUAUCAGCUGUUGGUGCUGGUUGUUGUGGCGUGCUGACAAAGCUUUUCCCCAUUUCGGCCAUGCUAACCCUGCCUUCUGAGGUGCUGGCGGUGCCCCAGCUGCGUUGGUGACCUCUUCCUUCGCCUUGUGCUUCCACUGAGCCCCCGGUGUCAGCUGGGAAUGCCCUCAGCAGCAUGUCUAUCAGUGUGCGCUUGUAGUCGCGCAUCUUUCGAUCAUGCUCCAGUGAGGGAAUUAAGGACGGCACGUUGUCCUUGUAAUGGGAAUCCGGCAGGGUGGACACCCAAUAAUCAGCACAAGUUAGAAUGUGGGCAACUCGGCCGCAGGGUUCGAUUCCGGAGAGGGAGCUUGAGAAACAGCUACCACAUCCAAGGAAGGCAGCAGGCGCGCAAAUUACCCACUCCCAACACUGGGAGGUAGUGACGAUAAAUAACAAUACAGGACUCUUUCGAGGCUCUGUAAUUGGAAUGAGUACACUUUAAAUCCUUUAACGAGGAUCUACUGGAGGGCAAGUCUGGUGCAGAGCGACUGACCCGUGCGUGCUGCAGCUGAAACUCCACUAUCGCCUGCUGCUGCUCACACAGUCUCUCCAGCAUGUGCAAGGUGGAGUUCCACCUUGUGGGCACGUCGCAUAUGAGGCGGUGAGCGGGAAGGCCGAAGUUACGCUGCAGCGCAGACAGGAGAAUAGCAGGAGGGUGAGGACAUCGAAAGCGCAUACAGCCGCUACAGUGAAACUGCGAAUGGCUCAUUAAAUCAGUUAUGGUUCCUUUGAUUGCUCCAUCUGUUACUUGGAUAACUGUAGUAAUUCUAGAGCUAAUAUAUGCCGACAAGCGCUAGGGGACGGCCGCUCCGCUUUUCACCCUGCUCCCUCUUAUGCUGUGCUGGUGCCUCUGUGCGACCACUGCCUCUUCCUCCAAACUGCACACAUGACCUUCAUUCCAUGUGGGGUCUAGUAUGAGGAGAAUUGUAGAGGCUUGCAGUAGGGAUGGUAUGGAAAAUGGGCCUUCAAGCUGUAGCGUUCAAUUGUAGAGGCUUGCAGUAGGGAUAGCUGCAGUAUCAUCUCCCUACACUAAUAAGAGCUCAUGUGACAUGCGGCGCUACGUGACUCCAGCUUAUAUAUAGAGGGUGGGUCACAUGCUGCACUGGCCAAUCACAGCCAUGCAGCCUUUCAAAACGCGCCAUUAAAUCGUCGAACUCCAACCCGAACAUACACUGAUAUGUCCGUGUUCGGGGUCCAAAAACCGUAAUGUUCGGUACGAACCCGAACUUUACAGCUCGGGUUCGCUCAACUCUAAUCAACACAUCUCGCAUCACUAACACUCUCACAAUGUCAUACCCCCUAAAACGUCCUUUACCAACACUACAGACAGUGGACUUCCCCUACUUUCAAAGAAGAAGAAAACAAACAAAAAUGACACAUUACCAUUUAGAACACACAAAAAAAAUACGAUACACAAACCUAUACAUCCUGAAACCACUCAGAAAUACUACCACGUAUUCUCUUCUCAAGUAUGUACUAAACAUAUCACCUAGCGCGGCUCAUAUGGUUCACCAUAUAUGAGACUAAUGCCUGCUCAAUAUCUACAAGCUAGCAGUCCAAUACCACAUCCACCAAGAGGAUUUGUUUAUUGUAUCAAUUCCAACCAAUACCGAAAUGCUCACGCCUACUGUCUUUCCAUAUGGGUUCUCGUUUUCAAUUGCUCAUCUAAGCCCCAUGACCACCCUUUCAAACCCUUGUUUUGAAGCAUGCAAUCCAUUUCAAGAAAAGAAAAAACAUUUCCACAUGAUUCUAUUAUCAAGGUGUCUUUCAAUUGUUUUACUUUCUAUUGAAGCAGACCUUCCUUCAAAUCUAUCCUCAAAUGAAAAUGCCCUCUGCUGGUUGAUCUGUGUAUUACUUUCAGCUAUAUAGUUCAAAUGAAGCAGACCUUCUAAUCUCUCCUCAAUCGCCCUCUGUUGGUUGAUUUGUGUAUUGCUAUCAGCUAAAGAUAUGCUAAUACCACUGUGCAUUGCAUGCAGAAAAUUUCUCUGAUAUGUAGCCACAGUAUGCAAAUCUCUCCAUUCAAUAAUCCCGUAUAUCGAAUGUAUUUCUUCCUAUCUCAUUAACUUUUCUGUACUGCCUCAACUCAAUAUUUCUUCCGGUCCUGUUUUGAUAUUCCCACAUUUGAAUUGGGUCUUUUCUAAACAUUUCCAUGCUAUAAACAGAAAGCAAAAUUACAGGUGGUUGGAAGUAUAGCUCUGAGAAGUAGCUAAUUUUUUUUUAAUUUUUUUUUAAAGUGUCCUGUGGAAGUGAUGAGCUGCACUUUGGUGCAAAGCUGUGCUUGUAGUUAUUUCUCAUUGUAGGCCACAUGGAAGCUGCAAAUGCCUUGUUAACCCCUUAAGGACCAAACUUCUUGUCAUGUGUCCUUAAGGGGUUAAAGGCACUGUUAUAAAGAAUAGUUAAAAAGGAUGUCAAGGUCAGCUGUCUAUAGUUCUCCCAGCUAAUGUUGCAGGUGAGAGGAUGAAUCAUGGUUGGUUGGCAAGGAGACUUGUCUAAACCCUACUUUGUUCUCUAGUUUUCAAUGUCAAUGCAUUGCAAGUAUACACCUCCUAGUUUGGCGAUAUAAUGGCAACAUGCAAGAGUUACAUUAUUUUCUUGCUUUUAGUUUAAUCCCACAUCCUAGGAGACAGCAGGGGAGGUGGAGGAAGAGGAACUGAACAAGCAGCGAAUGCAAUAUCCUGCUCACAACUUUAUUAAUCAUUCUUCAUUUCACAAUUUCAAAAACAACAAUCUCAAUGGCACACCACAUCUGCAUCAUCAACACAACUCUCAUUACUAACAUUCUCACAAGGUCCUAUCCUUUACAACUUCCAUCACCAAAACUAGACAGUUGACUUCACCUAUUCUCGAAGAAGAAGAAAACAAACAAAAAUUACACAUUACCAUUUAGAACACACAAACCAAUACAUCCUGAAACAACUCAGAAAUACUGCCACGCAGCCUUUUCUCACGUAUGUACAAAACAUAUCACCUAGCACGGCUCAUAUGCAUCACCAUAUUAGUCUAAUGCCUGCUCAAUAUUUACAAGCUAGCUGUCCAAUAGCAGAUCCACCCAGAGGAUUUGUUUUUUAUUGUAUUCCAACCAAUACCGAAAUGCUUACACAUACUGUCUUUCCAUAUGGGUUCUCGUUUUCAAGGGCUCAUCUAGUUACAAUGACCACCCUUUCAAAACCUUGUUUUGAAGCAUGCAAUCCAUUUCAAGAAAAAAAACUAAAAACUUUUUCCAUUAGAGGCAGAGACUAACCAUCCAUGGAGCAAGACGUGUGAGCCUUUUGCUCCCGUUCCCCUGGACAUUCUAUGCGCAUCCAUCUGAGCCUAUAAGUGCUACCCUCACCCCAAAACCUCACCAGACACACCACAGGCAUGGAGGAAAGAAAAAAAAGAAGGAAUUUCCUCCUUCCGUGGCUUCAAUGUUCCAUCCACAGAGAGAACAAGGGCGUCAUCUUUGUCUCAGGGCCAAGACACAGACUCAGAGUCGGACGACAGCGAUGCAUGGGAAGGCCCUAAAGCCUCACUCACAAAAACAGACAUGCGCAGGCUCCUAUGAGAAGCCACCAAUGACAUUAAGGCCUACACUGCCGCGGAGUUAGAGAAACACAUCUCGGGCCUAAGGGAGGACCUGGACUUGCUCGCCUCGCGCACAUCACAGGCCAAAACACACAUCAAAGGCCUACUUGACAGAACAGGAGUCCACGAGCGGGAUCUCAACCUGGCCUACGAUAAAAUCAUGCAACUGGAAGACAGCGUAGAAGAUCUAAAUAACCGCUCCCGCAGAAACAACAUCCAGAUAUGGGGCAUGCCGGAAACCCUCACUGCGGACGCCAUUGUCCCAAGAUUAAAAAAACUUAUUCCGAUCACUUGUGCCAGAUGCCUCCAUCCAGGAGCUAACAAUUGAAAGAGCUCACAGAGUACUGCGUCUGGCGGCCCUCAAUCCCAUGGCCCCCAGGGACGUGAUAGUCCGGAUUCUGCAUUUCGCAGUGAAGGAAAAGCUAAUGGCUACAACAAGAGACAACCCACCCAAGCAGCAAAACCACAUAUUCUCCAGGACUUGGCCCUGUCCACCCUGCGCAAACAGCAGGAACUAAAACAACUCACCAGCGCCCUCACUCAACAUGGCUUCAUAUAUAUGUGGGGACACCCCUUCAAGCUGCUGCUGAAAAAAGAUAACCAGACCCACACACUUUUCAAUGUGCACGAAAUGCAGGACUUCACCAAAACCCUGGGUCUGACCCUGCAUCCCACGGUCUUUCCCUCGCUGCCGGGACCACGGCCCGAAUUAAACACCAAACGUAAGGACGGACCUCUAGCCCUGCACCAGACAAGAAAGAGAUUCCCUCCAAACCACAUCGGAUUCCCUCAAGCCUCCACCUGAAAAGGGGUCCACAUCAGACCAGGGACUCUUCUAUGGAACAACGGCUCCUUCAUUUCAACCACCUCAGGUUAUAUGUCUGUUACCUGAAUAAAAAUGGGGACACCGUAGUGCAGGGUUCACGGGGCACUGCAUUAACAACGUACUGAGGUGACGGGGAUCCCGAUCUACAAAGACCCAACAUGACAUUCACCACCAGUAGACAUACCUCCCACUCCCACACACCUAAUGUAACCAGAACCAGGGGUACUCAGCGGUGCCUUGGAUCACGGUACAGAAGUGCCCCCACUGCCCUACCCACCAUUCCAGGCAUGCACACUGGACGGGGACACCGCACCACUCUUUCAUGGGACCCAACAGCAGGGACACCUUGCACUGCACAGGAGGACGGAACAGCUCAUUCACAGACACUGUGAACUUGAGGGAGCUGGGAGGGAUUGGGCGGAGCUAGCAAUUGAAACACUAACUCUCCUGGGAAUCAAAUUAAAGUAUUCCCGAACCAAUUGAAUAACGUUUAGCGAAAUAUAGGAAUGCAUGUGUAUAUUUAUAUGUGUAUGUGUAUACUAUCGUGUUUUGAUAUACCUGUGGCGGCCUCCUUGUCUGUGUCCUUGCUUCAGCCCAGUCACAUCUCUCAAACCGAACGCUCAAAUGACCCCAAGAACCCAGACACUGACGCAGCCCCCACCCUCUCCUAACCCUACACACAGUUUUCUCUAUGCAAUUACGGCACCCACUUACGAUGUCCGGGGGAGGAAGAAGGAGUAUCACGGACUCACACCAUACUGCUCCACACCCCUGGUAUGCCCUUUCACCCCUUCACAACCCGACCCAUACCACCUACCACUCACCUUCUUAACAUCCCCUCCCCCCCCUUUUACGUCCUCUAACCCAGAGGCUCUGCCCCCACAAGACUUGGCAAGUAUAAUAAGACCAAGUCGCUCACCCCAUCACCUUCUGUCACCAUUUUUUCUCCGUUUUCCUUUUCUUUCUCUUUUCGCCUCCCUCCUUCCCCCUUUUUUCUUUUUUUGAUUUUCCCUUCCAUGCCUGCUCCUUGCCCCUCCUCACUCUCUUCCACCCCCACCCUCUUCUUCCUCCCCACCAGGCUUUUCGCCUGAUCAAAACUCCCCUUGACACUGGGAAAAUCCUUGAUCUUCUCAGUUAAGUCUACAACUGACACCCUGGCCACUAUGCCUAACUCCAUGAAAUGUAUGUCCAUAAACUGCAAAGGCCUAAACAACCCCAGCAAAUGCCACCAACUCUUACGCUGGGCAAACACAACACGAGCAGAUCUACUAUUGCUUCAGGAAACCCACUAUGCCCAGAACUAACCAUUCCCUCUCCUGAGCCAACAUUAUAACAGAUACCCCUUAGCAAACUCUCCCACAGGAAAACAGAAUGGAGUGGCAAUCCUGCUACACAAAUCCUGCUCGCUGAGCGUUCAAUGGACCAUUGCAGAUCCACAAGGCAGAUGCACCCAACACACCAUGUGCCACUUUUUGGCAGACUCUCUAAGCCCAUGUGGCGCUUUUUCCCUCCCAUCAUCAGAUAAUCGGUGGCGACUAUAAUGCCACACUCACACCCUCCAUAGACAAAAAAUGCCCCACAAUACGUGGCCGCAACACCCUGGUCAUGGCGCCUUAACCCCAGUCUUCUGCAUAACCCACAAACCAGGUAAUCCAUCCAAAAAAGGACCAGAGCUAUUUUAACACUUUUGUGGUGUUUAGCUGUAAUUUUCCGCUCUCUCACUUACUGUUCCGAUACAAAAUUAUCUAGUUUUUUUUCAGGACAAAAAGGGAUUUCUUUACAUACUAUUAUUUUUAUCAUGUCAUAUCAUUUAAUUUAAAAAUAAUAAUAAAAUAUGGUGAAAAAUUAAAAAAAAAACACGUUUUUUUUUACUUAAAUUUUUUUUACUGAUCUACAAAAUCGAAUGAAACAAACUGCUAAAUAGAUUCAAAAUUUUGUCCUCAGUUUAAAAACACCCAAUGUUUACGUGUUUUUUUUUUUUUUGCUUUUAUUUGCAAGUUAUAGGGCUAUAAGUACAAGUAGGAAAUUAAAAAACAAUAAAGGACUACGUCACUUGGAAUUCCUAUAGCCUGGUGCAGCUAAAAAUUACCCCAAGUGUAGUGGCACCUAUUACACUUAAAACGUGAUUGUGAAAAAGAGGUAGAGGUAAUUAGCGCUCGCAGAAAGGAAUAGAUGUUACCUUAUACAUAUAGAGAUGAAUCAAAAUUCUAAUAACCUGGUAACCUACAAAUAAAUACAUAUAACAGACAUAGUGUAAUCUGCAUAUACAAAAUUGGUGAGAAAAAGAUAUACACAUCCAACUCACAAUUUCCAGAGCCUUUUUUAAAAGUUGGCUUUAAACUUAUGGGGCAUAUCGUCUCCUCCUUGAGACACAAAGUAGGGAUACGUCGGAUCAGUCCUCAGGAACUUGAAGCUGGUAAUAUAGCAGCAGACUCCAACGUGAAUAUUUAAAAAGUAAUAAAUUUAUUUCAUCAAAUAAAAAUAUAUAAAAUACAAAAACUAUUGCACAACGCAUUUCAACCAAUAUAGGUCUUUCUCAAGUGCAUCUAACUACACACUGAACUUGAACCUGCUUUUAUAUCAUCAGUAACAGGCUAUCAAUUAAGGCAAAUAGAUCCAUAUGUGUUUAAACACCACCCACUUCCAUAUAUGGUCAUAGCCGGAAGUGUCAAGCCCACCAAAAAGAUGGCUGCACCUCCGGUUAUGUACCAUACCCUGCCGCCCUCCCAAAACAUUAUUAGAAUAUAAUAAUAAAAAAAGAGUAAUCCCUACUACUGACAAUAUUAAUCAACAAAUUCCAUUUAUUUUUAAUUAUUCAAGCAACAUAGGUACUGUUAAAAAGAUUAUUAAUAAAAACUGGAACAUUUUAAGUCAAGAUGACGAAAUAACAGAGUAUUUGGGUUCUAAACCAAAAUUUGUUUUCAGAGGCGCAAAGAAUUUUAAACAAAUUUUAACUAACAGUUUUAUUGAAAAAACUUCCCUUAAUAAUAGUAAUUUUUUUUUAUCUAAUUGGUCAAAGACCCAAAAAGGUUUUUAUCAUUGUGGGAUGUGCAAUGCAUGCAAAAAACCAAAUAUCGAAGAAAAAAAUGUAAUUGAAUUCAUGUCUAUAAAUACAAAAAGAAAGUUUAAAAUUAAGUCAAUGAUCACGUGCCACUCAAAUAAUGUUAUAUACCUUUUAAACUGUACAUGUGGUCUACAGUAUAUAGGUAAGAUGUCGAGACCACUAAAAACCCGAAUAAGUGAGCACGUUAGAAAUAUUCAGAAAGGGUUUUUAAAUCAUAGCGUAUCCAAACAUUUUUUGGAAAAACAUAACUCAGAUCCAAAAUUCCUCAAUUUUCAUGCGAUAGAGAAAAUAGAAUUCCAUUGGAGAGGAGGAGAUACUGCUAAACAUUUGAGUACCCAAGAAGUUAAAUGGAUAUUUGAAAUGCACACCCUAAUACCUCAGGGUCUGAACAUCGAUUUUGAAAUAAAUAGUAUUUUAUGAGUAGUUACGUUAUGAUUAUUUUUUAAUUUUCGGUGCAAUUUUUAUCACACUUUAUGGAUUUUUGCUACAUCUAAUUUUAUUAAUAUAUAUACCAGAACAGAAUGGGUUUUUGGGUUGUAUAUAUACUUUUUUAUGUACUCCUUUCCCUUCUUUCUUUCUGACACAUUGGUUAUAUAGUAUGGUAUUAUUACAAAAUACAUCACAAAGUAGCAAUAAUGCAAUAUAUGUAUAUUUGUAAAUAUUGUUAAUGAUCUUUAUGUCUCAUUAUGUUCUAUUUUUCCCUCUUUUUCUGUUUUUCCAUAUAUUUGAACAUUAACAUCAUGAACUGUGGGCUUUUUGUCCUAUUUUCAAACGGACUUGAUUCCUCUUCCGCCCACGUGAUCUCCCUGUUCACAUGACGCUACAUAUGUCACGGAGACGGUGUUCCGCUUGUUUUCCCACGUGACCCGGAUCGAUGCGUCACAGGACAUGACGUAUCGGCGUUCCGUUUGUUUGCCCACGCGACCCGGAUCGAUACGUCACAGGAUAUGACGUAUCGGAGUUCAAAACCGGAAAGAAAUUAAGAAACUACAUUAUGGAUACACGUGUAUAGCGGUCAUGUUUUGGGAGGGCGGCAGGGUAUGGUACAUAACCGGAGGUGCAGCCAUCUUUUUGGUGGGCUUGACACUUCCGGCUAUGACCAUAUAUGGAAGUGGGUGGUGUUUAAACACAUAUGGAUCUAUUUGCCUUAAUUGAUAGCCUGUUACUGAUGAUAUAAAAGCAGGUUCAAGUUCAGUGUGUAGUUAGAUGCACUUGAGAAAGACCUAUAUUGGUUGAAAUGCGUUGUGCAAUAGUUUUUGUAUUUUAUAUAUUUUUAUUUGAUGAAAUAAAUUUAUUACUUUUUAAAUAUUCACGUUGGAGUCUGCUGCUAUAUUACCAGCUUCAAGUUCCUGAGGACUGAUCCGACGUAUCCCUACUUUGUGUCUCAAGGAGGAGACGAUAUGCCCCAUAAGUUUAAAGCCAACUUUUAAAAAAGGCUCUGGAAAUUGUGAGUUGGAUGUGUAUAUCUUUUUCUCACCAAUUUUGUAUAUGCAGAUUACACUAUGUCUGUUAUAUGUAUUUAUUUGUAGGUUACCAGGUUAUUAGAAUUUUGAUUCAUCUCUAUAUGUAUAAGGUAACAUCUAUUCCUUUCUGCGAGCGCUAAUUACCUCUACCUCUUUUUCACAAGUAGGAAAUUGCUGUUUCAAAAUGUAAAUUUUUCAAAUGUAUCAAUAGUGACAUUGUAACAUUGUUAUGUCAUAAAUCUCCAAAAUACACCCCACGUGUCUAUAUUUUUCUUAAACUAGAUAACCCAGGGUAUUCAUCUAAGAAUAUUUUGAUACUUUCUAUGCAGCCAUUUUACCACAAACCUUUGCCAAACUUUGCAUAGGUAGUUUAUUUUUUUUUAUUUUUUCCCACAUACAUUGCAAUUCAGGUAUAAAUUCACAGAUUCUGUUAGGUGUCACUGCCAAACAACACCCCAAUAUGUGUUCAGCAAUAUCUCCUGAGUAAAGGGAUACCCUCCAUGUAUAGGUGUGUCAGGCUGUUGAGGGGCUAAGAGGCCACAUUUGGCAGGUGCACAUAUCAGUUUCCCAGCUUGUAAUUUUGACAUGUAGUCAACCUGCAUGCAUGUCCUAUUUGGGACAUUUUUGAAGCUGGCCAAUGUAUUUUACCCCCAUCUAACCAUAUAUUUUUGAAAAAUAGACACCCUAGGGUAUUUCACAUGGUGGUAUUUUAACACUUUGCAUGCACUAAUUCUACCACCAGCCGAGUCUUCAGUAAUGCAUUCGGUGAUGUUCGUGAUGACGUGAGAGGAUGAGGAGAGAGGAGAGAGGACGCAGAGGCGAGUGCUGGAGAUGCCGCUCCGUGAAUAAGGUCUGGCUCGGGGAGAUUGAAGUGGAGGGAGGACUCGGUGGUGACUUGGCGAGUUGGACGAUCUGGUUUGAGGCAGUGAGGUGUGUGUCAGUCGGUGCCGGUCGGCGUUUUUGAUAAGAGUCUGUUGUCUUUGUUUGGACGGAUAGCGGUGGUCCCUUUAUGAAUUAUUAAAAGGGAUAAGGGAGAAAAAUAACAACAGUUCCCUUAUAAACCAUAAAAAAAAAAUAAAGAAAAGAAAGAGAGAACAAGAAAGAAAGAAAGAUUAAGACAGAUAUAAGAAGAAAAGAAGGAAAAAAAGAGGAAAGGAUAUAUCCCUCAGCAACUUUCCAAAUAGCUUUACACAAAAAUUGUGAGUACUUUUGUAUAUAAUACAACAAUAUUGUAAAGCAUAACAUCUGUAUAUAAUUACUGGCUUGGAAAAAAGAAAACUGUAAAGAAAAAGGAAAUUUUCUUUUUGUUUUUUUGGGGGGUUUUUUCCUUGGGGAGAUUGACCAAUUUGACUGAUUUAAUUGAAUUAGUUAUCUGAUUUUUGAUCAAUUUAUUUAAUUAUUUAAGGCCAAAGCUUUAUAUGAGAUACCUAGUUACAAUCUGUGACUGAGAAGUAUUUAAAUAAUAAAAUGGCAACUAGGAAAACAGAAAAGAAGAAAGAAACUAAGUUAGUUCAGCAAACCGAAAAAAGAUUGUCAGGUUUUUUUGCUACUCCUAGUAAAGACCUGCAGGAACAGAUAAUUGAUGGUAAGACACACCCAAGUAACAUCUCUAAUAUUAAUCAAGAAGUUCCACUUAAGCAAUUGCUUCAAUUAAUAUACAAGAUCAAUUUAAGCAAAUGUUGGAAUUACAAUUAAAUAUAUUGAAACAAGACAUGUUUGCAAGUUUUGAUGAGAUAAAACAAGAAAUUAAAAAUGUUGCAGUAUCAGUGGUGGAAGUAGAAAAAAAAUGCGAAGUGUUUGGAAUUCAAAUUAAAGCAAUUAAUACGGAAGUGCAGUUUUUGGUAAAUAAAGUUGACAAUCUUGAAAAUAAAAUAGCAACUUUAGAAGAUAGAUCAAGAAAAAGAAACAUCAGAAUAAGAGGGGUUUCUGAAGAAAUUUCCAAUGAAAAACUGAGAGAAUACUUAAAUAAUUUAUUCAAAGAAGUCUUACCAGAAAUAUCUACAGAUGAAUAUAAAAUAGAAAAUUUUCACCGAAUAUACAAACCAGAGACAACAGCCUCACAUCUCCCAAGAGAUGUAAUAGUGAGUUUUUCCUCACUAUCAAUGAGAAAUAACUUAAUGAAAGCCAGCCGUACUAAACCCCGAACAAAUUCUAUUUACAAGGACAUAAUUUUCUUGCAAGACUUAUCCUAUCAUACCAGGAUUUGGAGGAAAUCUUUCUCUAUCGUGACAAAUUUUUUAAGAAAAGAAGAGAUCAGAUUUCAGUGGGCUUAUCCAACAUCUUUAAGGUUUACUUGGAAACAAGAAAAAAAAAAUUUUUGGGAUGCAAAUGAUGCAAACAGUUGGUUAACAAGUAUCAACAAGAAAGCUUGAAAGGUUUGUUGCGAUGGAAGAAAAGAAGAGAAAGGAAGAGAGGAGAGGAGAGGAAGAAGGAAAGAAGAGAAGAGGGAGGAAGGAGAAAGGAAGAAAAGAAGAAAUAUAUAUUAUUUUUUUUCUCCACCUAUAUAGAAUUAAUCAGUCGUGCAUUGUAUAACUUGCAAAUUUGUUGAUGUAAUUGGUGAUUGUUUUCACUUUAAGAGUAUUAACUAACUAUGUAUAUGCACAUAAACAUGUGGGAAAAAAAGGAGUUAAAAGUAAACACGUAAAGUAUUAACAUUAAUUAGAUUUGAACUUAACGAGGUGGUUAAAAGUAAAUUAUUCACAUGUAUUAUUAAGUUAAGAAGAAAUAGAUUUACUUAAAGUGAAGAAUCAAAGGGUAAUGGAGUUAAGCACAAAAUAAUGGAAAAAUAAUAUUUUUUUUUUCUCUCAACUUAUAUAAAAUUAAUCAGCCGUGCAUUGUAUAACUUGCAAAUUUGUUGAUGUAAUUAGUGAUUGUUUUCACUCUAAGGGUAUUAACUAACUAUGUAUAUGCACAUAAACAUGUGGAAAAAAGGAGUUAAAAGUAAAGAAUUAAAGGGUAAUGGAGUUAAGCACAAAAUAAUGGAAAUUUUUGUUUUUUUUAUUAUUGUCUUUACUUAUAUAGAAUCAAUCAGUUGUCCAAUGGAUAACUAACAAAUUUAUUGAUGUAAAUGAUGGUUGUUUUCACUUUAAGGGUAUUAACUAAUUAUGUAUAUGCAAUAUAAAUAUGUGGGAAAAAAGGGAGUUAAAAGUAAACACGACUAAGUAUUAAUCAGAUUUGAAUUUAAUGAGGUGGUUAAAAGUAAAUUAUUCACAUGUAUCAGUAAGUUAAGAAGAAAUAGAUUCACCUAAAAGUAAAGAAUUAAAAGGUAAUGGAGUUAAGUAUAAAAGAAGGGAACAAGAAGUGGUUUCCUUUUUUUUUCUUUUUUCUCUUUCUCCCCCCUUCGGGGAAAAAUUGCAAACUUGUAAAUACUACUACCUCUUUCUGGAUACACCCACUUAGUGUCUAAUUUAAAGACACAGUAAAGACUGAAUUUCUAAAUGAAAAUUUACAGUCUUUGUGUUAAAAAAGGAGGCUUUCCUCCUAUGAUUUUAAAAUUUUGUGUGUUUGUAUGGUUAUGUUUAUGCAGCAAUAGGGAAGGGUAACGAUUAUCGAGUGGAAAGGGAUGUAGAGAAGUUUUUGAAGAUAAUAUGAUAAAAAUGCUUACACUUAAUGUUCAGGGAUUGAAUACUAUAGCGAAAAGAAAUUUAUUGUAUAAAUACCUCAGUGAAAAACAAUUGAAUUUAAUAUUUUUACAAGAAACUCCAUUGGAGGCAAGUGGAUAAACAGAACUGGGGGGGUAAAAGAUUUCCACUUAUAAUUCAAGCCUCUAACAAUGAAAAAAAAAUGUGGAGUAGCUGUGGUAUUUGGAGAAAAGAUUAAAGUUGAAGUAAUUCAUCAGAUACAAGACAUUAAAUAAUAAUAUGCAAAAUUGACUCUGUACUUUUUACAUUAUGUAAUCUAUAUCUUCCUAAUCAUUUACCAGUUGCUUAUUUAAAAACCAUUUUGGAAAAAGUAGAUGAAGUUAAAGUGGGAAAGUUAAUAUUAGCAGGGGACUUUAAUGCUGUAUUGGAUCCUCAAAUAGAUAAAAAAAUUAAUGAAAGGAAAUACUUUAAAUCAGAUGGUGAUAAAACAAGCAAAAGCUUUAAAAAAAAAUUAAAGAUGAAUAUAAUUUAUUUGAUAUCUGGAGAAUUUUUAAUCCCAAUGAGAGAGACUAUACGCAUUUUUCUAAAGUGCAUAUUUCCUAUUCAAGAUUGGAUAUGAUUUAUUGAUUAUGACCAAAAAAAACAAAGAUUGAUGAGAUAGUUUGGACAGAUCACAAUGGAGUUUUUUGUGAAAUGAUUUUCGGUACAUUUAAAAAAGAAGCCUAUACCUGGCGGCUAAGAGAUAAUUUGCUUUGUUGUGAAUCAAAAAAAACUUAUAUAGGAAAUAAUAUAAAAAACUACUUUAAAGAAAAUAUCUCAGAAAAUAUUGAUCCAUCUAUUCUGUGGUGUGCCUUUAAGGCCGUUAUAAGAGGUCACAUUAUCAAGCUACAAAGUCAGCUUGAUAAAAAUAAUACUUUGGCAUAUUUACAUACAGAAUUAAGAAAUAUGACCCAUAUUAAUAAACAAUCUCCAUCUCCCGAAAUUUAUGGAAAAAUAUCAGAACUUAAAGAAAAAAUAAAGCAAAAGAUAAUGGAUACGAUAGCUAAAAAUAUGGAUAGAUUAAAACUUAAAUAUUAUUCUAAAGGUAAUCGAGCUGAAAAGAUGCUAUCCCAAAAACUUAGAAAACAAAAAGGACAAAAUAAGGUAGAUAAAAUAAUACAGAAUGGAAUAAUAGCAUCAACCCCUACAGAGAUUGGAAAAUGUUUUAAUGAAUAUUAUGCCAAUCUAUAUAAUAUACCUCAAAUUAAUACAGAUGAAGAUAUCAAAAAUUAUUUAAAUAAUAUAAAGAAGUUUCAAUUAACAUCCACUGAAAAUGAUCUUUUGAAUAAAUCUAUAACUAUGGAGGAGAUUAUGAAAGCAAUAAAUGAUUUAGAAAGAUCUAAAACACCAGGCCCGGAUGGGUUUAGCAACCUAUUUUAUAAAACAUUUAAAGAUUUAAUAUGUCCAUAUUUGACCUCUGCUUUUAACACAGCUACAAACAGAGGAUUUUUACCAGCAGAGAUGCUUAAAGCCAAUAUCUUGCCCAUUUUGAAAAAUGAUUAAAAACCCCACUGACAUCAAAAAUUAUCGUCCGAUAUCUUUAAUAGAUGUAGACACUAAGCUAUAUGCUUCGGUUUUGGCUGCCAGAAUAAAAAAACUUCUUCCAUUAAUUAUUCAUAAAGAUCAAAUAGGAUAUGUUCAAGGUAAAAAUUCCUAUACAAGUAUAAGGAAAAUUAUUAAUAUCUUGGAUGAUGCAAAUAGAAAUGAUGUUCCAGUUCUGACUCUGUCGAUUGAUGCUGAAAAAGCAUUCGACAGAGUCAACUGGAAAUAUUUAGAAGCCGUUUUAUCACACUAUGGAUUGGAAGGUUGGAUUAAGAAAGCUAUAAUGGCGUUAUACGUAAAUCCAGUUGCACGGACUAUUGGACCUAAUAUUGUCGCCCCAUGGUUCCAACUUAGAAAUGGUACUCGGCAGGGUUGUCCCCUUUCACCCUUACUUUACUUGUUGACUAUCGAACCAUUGGCUGAAAUAUUAUUAGGAAUAAUAAAGAGAUUUACGGAUAUAAAAUAAUGGAUGAGGAUCAAAAAAUUAGUUUAUAUGCUGACGACAUUUUAAUUACUCUCACAAACCCUAAAAAUUCUUUAGAGCAUAUAAUGCAAGAAAUAGAGCAAUAUAGCCUUAUAUCAAAUUAUAAGUUAAAUACAAAUAAAUCUUUAAUAUUAGAUGUCAACUUCAAUAAAAAGAUGCAACAAGAGAUUAAAAACAAAUAUGAUUUUAUUUGGGUUAAAGAAAGUAUGGAUUACUUAGGAAUUAAAAUAACUAGAGAGAUAAAUAAGAUCAUGGAAGUAAAUUUCUUAACAUUAUUAUUAGACCUUAAUAAAUGGUUAAAAGAUCGUAGAAAUCUAGAGAUUACCUUUUGGGGACGAAUAAAUGUCAUCAACUCAUAUGUCAUACCAAAGUGGAAUUAUAUGUUUCAAAUGUUACCUCUUCAUAUUCCAAUCCAUUGGCUUCAAUUAAUACAAAGAAGUUUUACUCAAUACAUUUGGAAAGGCAAGAAGCCAAGAUUGAAACAGUCAAUAUUAGUGCAGAAAAUACAUAAAGGUGGACUUGAUUAUCCAUUUAUAAUGAAUAAUUUCAAAGCAGCUACUAUCCUACAUGUUUAUAGAAUGCAAAUUAAAGAAAAUAAAGAUGAGGGAUGGUAUAAAAUGGAAAUGAAGGCAGGAGAAGUCUCUAGCUUAGAUUGCUUAAUUUGGAAUCUAAAUAAAAUGUUAAAGAAAAAAAGAGUAUUCUAGUAUUAUUUUAACUCAAUUACUGAAAAAUUGGUCAAAAAUUAAAAAAGCAAUGAAUAUAGAAAAAAAAGUUCCAAGUUAUUUAGAGUUAGAUAUUGUAGAAAAACAAGUGGAAGAUUUAAACUUAAACAAUUGGAAAAAAGUAGGGAUAAUGACUUUGGAUCAAUUAUUGAUAGAAGGAUCAAUCAAAACUUUUGCUCAAAUAACAGGGGUAUAUAAUCUUCCUCCUAGAGAGGUGUUUAAUUUUUUAAGACUUAAAAGUUAUAUGAAUACACACCUUAUAAUACCAAAAUCUAAUUUGAGCAAUUUGAUUGAUUUAUUAUUCACGUCAAAAAAAAUUAAUAAACCACUUUCUAAAGCUUUGAUAUUAAUUAAAUCAAUGGCUAAAGAUACAAACCCUAUUGCCAUACAGGUUUGGAAACAAGAUUUGGAUAUUGAUAUUAAUUUGAAUCAAUGGGGUUUUUCAAUGAUGGAUGUUAAGAAAAAUAUACAUUCAUUAAACUUAUUAGAAACACACUUUAAAGUUUUAAAUAGGUGGUACUUAGUACCAGCUAAAUUGCACAAAAUUUACCCUUUAAUCAAUCCUAUCUGUUGGAGAUGUAAUAGUACUAGAGGCAAUUUUAGACAUAUUUGGUGGGAUUGCCAUAAACUAAAGAAUCUCUGGUUGAAAAUACAGCAUUUUAUAUCCAAUAAUUUAAAACUCGAGUUGAUGAUUUCUCCAGAGGUAGUUCUGUUGCAUUUGAACUGGCCUCAUAUGACAUAUGAGUUAAAAGCAAUUCUUAUACAUCUUUUUUUAGCUGCUAAAAUAGUAAUUGCGAGAUGGUGGAAAAAGGAUUUAGAGGCCCCCUGGAAGAAAGUUAAAAUUCAACUCGAGUUUCAGAUUAGAAUGGAGUUGAUGCUAAGUAAACAAAGACUAAGUAAUAAGGUUUCUGUUUGGUCAAAAUGUAUUGAGAUGAUUGAUGUAGAAAAUAAUGUCGAUCAAUUAGAAGUAGAAUAAUUCCAUGAACAUUGUAAAUAAUUAUGAGAUUUAUUUAAAUAUUACCACUCUACUAUGGAAACUUUUUUGACGUAUCUUUCUUUUCUCUCCCCUAUUCUGCUGUUAUGUCGUUUUUGUAUUGUAAAUUUGUAUGAUAUAUGUAUUUGUAUGAUAUAUGUAUUUAAUAAGGAUAAAAAAAUAAAAUAAAGAUUAAAUAUUCAAAAAAGAAUUCUACCACCAGCCUUUGUCAAACUUUUGGGUAGUAAUCUUUUUUUGUUUGUCACACACAUUGUACUUUAGGCAUGAAUUAACAGAUCCUGUUAUGUGUCACUGCCAAACAGCCAAACAACACCCCAAUAUGUUCAGCAACAUCUCCCGAGUACAGUGAUACCCCCCAUGUAUAGGGUUGCUGGGUUGUUUGGGGGCCAAAAGGCAACAAUCAAAAGGCAACAAUGUACAUGUUCGUUUUUCAACUUGAUAUAUAGGUAUGCUAAUAUUCAGUUUGACAUAUUUUUGCACCAAAUCAACACCCCCCAUGUACUUAUUAUACGCCCUGAUGCAAACCGUUUUGGACUCUACUCUGCCCCAGUCAGAGACGUCUGACAUGCGUUCGUCAUGGAUGGUGGUUAGCAUGUUGACAUCCUUCCUGCUUUACAUUCGCCUUUUUUAAUUUUGCCUCUAUGAGAGAUCGUGGAAAGUCUUUGGAAUUUUUUCUGGCAGUGCCGCAGGCCAGUGUCUGUAAACCAUAAAGGUUUUAAACAGACGGACACUACUAUAAAAAUUAUCCACAUAAAGGUGAUUACCUUUAUUAAACAAGGGGUUUAGUUUCCCACUUGUCCCCACGGAGUUGACCAUCUUUCCCCUCAUAUACACGAAAGGCAAACGUGUAUCCACUUUCGCUCUCGCACAGUUUGUACAGUUUUAUGCCAUACCUAGAGCGCUUUGAGGGGAUGUAUUGUCUGAACCCUAAUCUCCCUUUGUAUUUCAUUAGCGAUUCAUCUAUGGAUACAUUUUGUUGGGGGGUAGUAAACAUCUGAAAAUUUGUCCUGAAAAUGGUCUAGCAGUGGGCGUAUUUUAUGACAGAGGGUAUUGUCACUGAAAUUUAAAAAUCUGAGCAGUAAAUCGUAUCUGGCUCUAGGCAUGGUUUGGGAGAAUACUGGACUAGACAUUAUUGGGUUGGUGCUCCAAUAUGAGCGAAUCGAUGGCUUCUUUAUAAUCCCCAUGAGCAUUGUAAGAGCCCAGAAUUUUUUAAGCUCUGGGACAUCUGUGGGAUGCCAGUCAUGCUCCAUGACUGUAUAGCUACCUGGAUUGUUAUGAAUAAAUUGGGAAGCAUACAAGUUAGUCUGGGAAGCAAUCUCCUCCCAGAGUAUCCCCUUAAAAUAGUUCUACAUACUGCAUUGGGGAAAAGCCAUCCACAUUAACAUUAAUGCCUGCGUUGGCACUAAAAGGGGAGACGUUGGGCUCGGCUAACUGUGGAGGUACCCAGUCCUCCUCCACAAUUGGCGUAGUAGAGGAAGCACAGCUCCUUUCUUCAGCCGGCUCAGACACAGAUGACAUGUCGUCUUGACUAGACGUGUCAGAAAACUGACCUGGGUCAAAAUCUGAUGCAGUGUCAGUGGCGUCAGAGUCUGACACCAAGAAGGCAUAUGCCUCCUGCAAGUUAUACAUAUGCUGCAUGUUUUACACAUGACUAAAACAAAUUACAAACACACAAAAAAAAAAUUAUACUUUUUUUUUCUUUUUUUUUAACUAAAACAGACUAAACAGCAAUCCCUAAACUAACUCCUGUCACAAAAAUCUAAUGGAGAUUUGGGGGAAGGAAACUGACUGACUAAGAUAGAACAAGACACAGAUUUUUAAAAUAAACUUAACCGUUUAAGGGCAAAAAAAAAAAAAAUUACAGACAGUACAAAUGCUGUAACAGAUCUGGCAGGAAAGGGGUUAAAAGGUGAUUUUUUUAUUUUUUUUUCUAAAAUAAAAUACUGAUACUUUCUGGUGGUCACUGAACACUGCUGCAACAAACUAUCACGAUCUCUGUCUCUCUCGUCUCACAAAACGCUACAGAGGAGAGAGGGGGAGAGAUCACUCUCAAAGUGAGUGUUUAACACCCACUUUGACAGCAGCCAAUUGUGAGCGAUCGCGGAUUGCUCACACUCCGCAAUUGACUGUUACUAUCUGGGAUGUCUGGCAGAUAGUUACAGCAUUAUACUAGCAGGAGCGAUCGUUGAUCGCUUCCCGCAGCCCGUUUUUCGCUAUGACGGUUGUGGACCGUCAGCGGUCCAAACGCACAUUUUACCGCUGACGGUCCUGAAGGGGUUAAAAGUUGUCAGAUCUUGAUUAGAUAUGAUUCAAAACGCGGUUAGUAAUUUCAUAUGGAAGAGUAAGAGACCUAGGAUCAACAAAACCCUUUUGGCACAAAAGAUUUAAGACGGCGGGCUGGAGUUCCGGAGUAUAGGUUCUAUAUAUUUAGCGAAUGUAUUUUCUUCCUUUAUAUAGAACCCAAUUAGACAGUGUUAGAAAGGAGGGAUGGUAUCUUUUGGAAAGCUAGAUAUGCGGUAUAAAAGAUUUGAGCUCCACACUGGUAUAGGAGCACAGAUAAAUAAUCUUAGCAUGAAAAAAACAACAUAUGCUUGGAAUCAAUAUUGGAAGGAUGGAAGGUUAUAAAAAAGAAAUGUGAUAUAGAAAAUAAAAUACCUAAAAAUCUUAAACUGGAACUGAUUUCAUAUUAUGCAAAAGAUUUAAAUUUAAAGAGGUGGAUUCAAAAAGGUAUUACUCAAAUAGAUCAAUUAAUGGAUAAUGAAACAAUUAAACCCUUCCCACAACUGAUUAAAGAAUUCCAGUUAUCAAAUAAUGAACUUUUUACUUAUUUCAGAGUAAAAAAUAAUUUAAAUCAAAAUAUUACACGUGAUCCCUAUGAAGGCACUAAGAUGAUAUGCGCAUUGCUUAAAAACGAACAAGUACAUAGAAUAGUUUCUGUGGCUAGUAAUGGUUUAUUAAAAUUAGAAGCACCUUUAGCUAUUAUGGCAUGUCAAAAGUGGGAAAAAGAUCUAAAAAUAAAAAUUAACAAGGAGGAGUGGUGUGCAGUAUUACCUAGAGCAUGCAAAUUCAUUCACUGCUUGAACUUACUUGAAACUUUAUUCAAAGUAAUGAACAGAUGGUAUCUUGUACCAGCCAGAUUGGCUAGAAUGUUCAACUCAAGUUCGCCAAUAUGUUGGAGUUGUAAUGGGAGAUUUGGCUUGUUUAUUCAUAUUUGGUGGGAGUCUGAUAUAGUGAUGGAAUUGUGGACUAAGACCUUUGAGAUAAUAGAGAAUUUAAUAACUAAGCCUUUUCCCAAGUCCCCAGAGAAUGAUAUUCUGCACUUGAAUAUUAAAUCAUUACAAUAUAAUGAAGCAUAUAUAUUCAUUAAUAGUGAUGUCCCGAACGGUUCGCCAGCGAAUAGUUCCUGGCGAACAUAGCGUGUUCGCGUUCGCCACGGACGGCGAACAUAUGCGAUGUUCGGUCCGCCCCUAUUAAUUUACUAAUACUAAGUAAAAAUUACUUAGUAUUAGUAAAUUGUGCCCCUACUCGCAAUACCGCGAGUAGGGGCAUGUCUAUUAAACAGUGAGCAGCCUGUGGGCCAAAUUGAUAAUGAGGGGGGGACCUACUGCCCCCCCCAGCCCCCACCCCUGGGCGGCGGGUGGGGGCCACAAAGAUAAUGAGGGGGGGACCUACUGUCCUCCCCCCCCGGCCCCCACCCCUGCGCGGCGGGUGGGGGCCAUAUUGAUAAUGAGGGGGGGACCUACUGCCCCCCCUGCCCCCAAACUUACCAUUCGACGUCUUCUUUUUUCUCAAAUCUUCUUUUUUCAGCCCCAAAAAAGGCCAACUAAAAAACCAUCAUAACCGUUGAAUUGAAAAUAAAAUAAAAAUCCCGAGCGUUCUUUUGAAUUUUCCCACACUGUGUAAAAUGACAAAGAGCACUCUGAUUGGCUUAAACCCACCAAUCAGAGUGUUCUUAGCCUAAUUGCAGGGCGUGGCAAGGCUUUAUAAGCCUUCCCCCGCCCUGCAGAGCUCAGUCUGCGCGGAGCCCUCCAUGGGUGAAGAUGGAUUAUUUUUUUGCGCUCAGGUUUUUUCUUUUUCGUCGGGUUUUUUUUUUGCGCUCGGGGUUUUUAUUUUAUUUUCAAUUCGACGGUUAUGAUGGUUUUUUUAUUUGGCCUUUUUUGGGGCUGAAAAAAGAAGAUUUGAGAAAAAAGACGUAGAAUGGUAAGUUUAAUUUUAUUUUACAGGUUAGUUAUUUUAUUCCCCCCUCACUAUUUUUUUAGGGUGAGGGGGGGUAGGUAGGGACUUUUUAUUUGGGGGGGUGACUAGGGGCUUGGGGACCCCUAGUCACCUUGAGGGGGGGGAUUUACUUAGGGCCCCCACCUGCAGCCCAGGGGUGGGGGCGGGGGGGAGGACAGUAGGUCCCCCCCCCUCAUUAGUCUUUGUGGCCCCCACCUGCCGCCCAGGGGUGGGGGCUGGGGGGGGGGCAGUAGGUCCUCCCCCUCAUUAUCAAUAUGGCCCCCACCCGCCGCGCAGGGGUGGGGGCCGGGGGGGGCAGUAGGUCCCCCCCCCCUCAUUAUCAAUAUGGCCCCCACCCGCCGCGCAGGGGUGGGGACAGGGGGGACAAUAGGUCCCCCCUUAUUGUUAUUAGGGCCCCCACCCACGCUCAGGGGUGGGGGCGGAGAGGAAGUGGUCUCCCCUUCAACCAAUAAGAGUCCCUGUGGGUUUUAAAAUUCGCCUGCCCAUUGAAGUCUAUGGCGGUUCGUCACGUUUGCGACAUCACUAUUCAUUCAUUUUAUGGUAGCAGUUAAGAUAAAUAUUGCAUGAAACUGGAAAAAUGCCACACCCUUCUCUUUAGAUAAGGUGCUAUCCCAAGUUAAUUUUCAACUAAAGAUGGAAGCACAAUUAUAUAAGUCACAAGGAAAGGAUCUAAGGAAAAAAGAAGUCUGUGAGUUUUGGAAAGAUAAAAUAAAGUUAUGAUAGGUUGGCAGAACCUGAGUUCAAAAGUAUACAGUGUACGUAUAAAUAGAUAUGUCAAUGUUUUUGAGUACAUCAAAAUAUCAUUGUGUACAUGUAUACAUGCUUUAUUCACUUGUUAGCGUGCAUUAAAUUUAAGAGACAGGGACCCCCAAACUACUCCUUGCUGGCGUGUAAUUAUGUUUUUAAUGUAAUUGGUAAUAUAAGUCUGAUAGUUGAGCAUGUUAUAGUUUUAAGUAUGUUUAAGAAAUAAUUGCAAAUGAGACCAUAUGUAAAUUAGGAUUAUGAUAUGCUCUUCUAUGUAUGUGAAUGCAUAUUUGUUUGUUUAUGUAAAGUAAAUAUACAAGAAAUCAAUAAAAUAUUUAUAAUAAAAAUUUUUUACAAAAAUCAAAUGGCUCACUCUAAGUUUCCUGUGGAAUUAAUGAGCUGCACUUUGUUGCAAAGCUGUGCGUAUAACAAUUUCUCUUUGCAGGCCAAGUGCAAGCUGCAAAUGCCUUUUUAAAGGCACUGUUAUAAAAAAUAGUCGAAAAGGAUGCCAAGGUCAACUGUCUAUAGAUCUCCCAGCUGAUGUUGCAGGUGAGAGGCUGAUUCAUGGUUGGCUAGUUUUUUCUACUUUUCGAUAUCAAUGCAUUGCAAGUAUACAGCUCAUAGUUCAGAGAUAUAAUAGAAACAUGCUAGAGUUACAUCAUUUUCUUGCUUUUAGUUUACUCGCGCAUCCUGGGAGACAGCAGGGGAAGUGGAGGAAGAGGAACAGAAGUAGCAGCAGAUGCAAUAACCGCUCACAGCUUUAUUCAUCAUGCCCUAUUUCACAAUUCAUUGGCAUGCACCAACAUACACAUCAAAAACAACAAUCUCAAUGGCACACCACAUCUGCAUCAUCAACACAACUCGCAUUACUAACAUUCUCACAAAGCCAUAUCCUUUACAACUUCCAUCACCAAAACUAUAGACAGUGGACUUCACCUAUUCUCAAAGAAGAAGAAGAAAAAGAAAACAAACACAAAUUAGACAUUACCAUUUAGAACACACACAAAAUAGGAUACACAAACCAAUACAUCCAGAAACGACUCAGAAAUACUGCCACGCAUCCUCUUCUUACGUAUGUACUAAACCUAUCACCUAGCACGGUUCAUAUGCUUCACCAUAUUAGUCUAAUGCCUGCUCAAUGUCUACAAGCUAGCAGUCCAAUACCACAUCCACCCAGAGGAUUUGUUUUUUAUUGUAUCAAUUCCAACCAAUACCGAAAUGCUUACACCUACUGUCUUUUCAUAUGGGUUCUCAUUUGCAAUGGCUCAUCUAAGCCCCAUGACCACCCUUUCAAAAUCUUGUUUUAAAGCAUACAAUCCAUUUCAAGAAAAAAAAAAAAACUUUUUCCACAUGUUUCUAUUAUCAAGGUGUCUUUCAAUUGUUUUUCUUUCAAUUGAAGCAAUCCUCCCUUUUAAUCUAUCCUCAAAUGAAAAUGACCUCUGCUGGUUGAUCUGUGUAUUGCUAUCAGCUAUAUAAUUCAAAUUUUUUUCCCCACGCAGCGUUCUGGUCUCCCCUCGACUGGCCCUGCCUCUAUAGCUGAGAUCAUCAAGCUUGAUGAUCUCAGCCAAUCCAAUGCUUUGCCAUAGGAUUGGCUGCAAAACGCCACUCCAAUCAGCAUCUCCUCACAGAGAUGCAUUGAAUCAAUGUAUCUCUAUGGGGAACGUUCAGCACCUACAGAGUGUGGAGGCCCUGAAUGUAGGUGCACUAACACAGGAAGCACCUCUAGUGACCGUCUUAGUGACUGUCACUAGCAGUGUCACUUUGAAGCAAUGUAAACAUUCCCUUUUCUCUGAAAAGUCAGUGUUUACGUUGAAAAACCUGUAGGGACAUGCUAUAGACACCAGUACCACCACAUUAAGCUGUGUGUGUGUGCAUCUGCUAGUGAGUGAGCUUGCUUGCAUGCAUGUGCCUGCUAGUGAGUAAGCUUGUGUUUUUAUGUCAAUGAGCUGAGUAUCAGUAAGAUUGUUUGUCUAUGAGGCUGUGUAUCAAUGAGCUUGUGUGUCAUUGAAAUGUCAGUGAAAUUGCCUGUGUCUGCAUGUGAGUAUGCUUACUGUAUAAUUAAACGUUUUACCCUGAAAGGACCAAUAUUUUAUAUUAGAAAAAGCAAUAUAUAUAUAUAUAUAUAUAUAUAUAUAAUUACUCAAUCAUCUGUCCUGGCAAGACAUAGCCUUACAUAUUACACGCGACAAUAUAUGGCGCAGUGACUUAUGGGGCUGGCACAAUUUUUUUUUUUUCCAGGGCUGCUUUGUAUCCCCAGUCUGGCCCUGAUCAGGCAGAUGGUGAAGAGGAAGGUGAGCAAGGAAGCAGCAAGGCAACACGAACCAGACCAGCUGCCCUAUGAAGAGGAGCUCCUGCAGUUCCUGAGAAGAGACAACCUCCUUGGGAUUGAGGGGACAACUGGCACUGAAACAUCUGAAGGUAUGUUGUUAAAGGACCACUAUAGUGCCAGGAAAAUAAACUUGUUUUCCUGGCACUAUAGGGUAAUUAGGUCCACCCCCAAAACCCCUUCAGCCACUUACCUUUCUCCAGCAUCGGGCUUCCUCGGCGCUGGGGAACACUCUGCCUAUGUCAGCUCCGAAUGCGAAUCAAGAGCCGCGUGCGCAUUCAAACCGCCCAUAGGAAAGCAUUACUCAAUGCUUUCCUAUGGACGUCCAGCAUCUUCUCACUGUGAUUUUCAGAAUCACGGAAGCGCCUCUAGUGGCUGUCAGUGAGACAGCCACUAGAGGCUGGAUUAACCCUCAGUGAAACAUAGCAGUUUCUCUGGAACUACUAUGUUUUCACCUGGCACCCAGACCACUUCAUUGAGCUGUCCUUUAAAUUCAUAUUUGUUAGUCAAAAUGUACAUAUACCAGUUUUCAUGUGUUAACCCUACAAUGUUGUUUUCUAUGCCAUCAGUGCAAGCCCCUGAAUCCCCAGAAGAGGCACCAGGAACUGCAGGAGAUGCUGUCUCCAUGGAGAGUAGGGCAGCAGGUUCCUGUCAUGCAGAAGAAACAGGAGAUUCUCUACCUGGGGACGCUCGGCCACGAUACAUGUAGUGAGAUUAGAAAGAAAGGGAGGCACAAAGAGAUGCAUUGAGGGGUCAUAAAGAGACAGAGAAAGGGCUAGGGGGGACAAAGAUGCAUUACUAUACUCAGACAUAAUAAUAAAUUAAUAGCAUGACUGCAUAUAUCUUAUUUCCAAGUUUAAAUAAUAUUGUUGUACAGAUAAUAGUUAGCAUUGCAACAUAUGACAUGUGCUAACAAUGUUCUUUCUUUGUUCUCCCCUAUAGGUUGUGAUGGUGCUCUCCCCCUACAAGAGGAGGGUACCAUUACCCUAACAGCAGUGGAUCCUGAUUCAGUGACAUCAGUGGCUGAAGAAAUGCCGUUGCCACAACUUCCUCCACAAUUGGCUGCGCUGUAUGCGACGAGAAGAAUGCACUCAGAUGUUUAUUUCUCAUUAUCAUCCACAAUGUGA